AGAGCGCCUGCAGCAUCAGUGACUAGCUGCUGUUGCUGCCGUUUGGUUUCUUCCUUUUCUCCUCCCGCUUGCAAUUCUCAUGCGGGAGGGAGGGCAGUGCAGGUGGAAAAGGGAGGAGGAAGGAAGUGCCAAAGCCAGGAGGAGACGCAGCCGCUGGGCUGAUCAGGAGAGCCUUUGCAAGAGGAGGAGGAGGAGGCGGCGGCAGGAGAAGACAAGAUCCUGCCCUUUUGACAGCUGCUGAACCAGCUGUUACUGCUGGACCCGCAUCCUCUGCCCCGCGAGGAGCAUGCGGUGUUGUGACACUCAGUAGCCACAGAGCUCCGUAGGAUAGCAGAGAGAGGUGGGUUGCUGUGUCAGUGUCUAUAGCGCUGCAGCAUCACAGAGCGCUACAUCGGGGGUGGGGGCUGGAAAGAGAGGGGAGCCUUUUGUCAGGGGGUACGUCCCAGGAUGGUGCUGCUCAUUCUGAAGCCGGGUGGAUACAGACCCCCGCAACUUGUGUGUGUGUGUGUGUGUGUGUGUGUUAAGGAAACGGGGCUAUUGUGCAAAGAUGCGUAUAAAAAAAGCUGCAUCUCCCCCCACUUUCUGUUUGGGGAGUGGGUGUAGAAGCGGGGCCAUUGACCUUAUUUUCUCCUUUGUGUAUGCGUAAUAAUAUAUAAUAUCCUUCGUUUCCUAGCUGUCAGGCCCCAGCUAUGCUUUCGUUUGGUUUAAUGCUGCGGACGCCCUAAUUCAGUCUGCAGCCCUACCUCUACUUACCUGUGAGCAAGCGCCAUUAGAUUCAACGGGUCUUGCUUCUGAGUAGACCUUGCUAGGAGUGCAUUCUUCACAGCCUCAUCUUGUGUCUGGUUUAUGUCUAACGAGGCUUAUAAUAGCAGGCUUGCCUAUUAUCGUUGCUCCCUUUCUUCCUUUCCCAUUAUUUUUCAUAAUAGCAUCAGUGGGUUGCUGUGAAGUGGGGAGGUCUUUAAGCUUGGCUCCUCCUGGGUGAAGCUAGUACUCUAUUAUUCCUUUGCAGAUAAUGAGAGUGGAGUAAAAUGGAGUAGAGGGGUGAGGGAGCUACCAUUUGGGAUGUUUAAUUGUAUGUUGGUUUUAUAUCACUGAAAAGGACUUCUCAGAAUUUAAGGCUCAUAUUUCAGGAAUGAGUGUGGUGGAUAUUUUUAAGUCCAUUCUUAGGAGCUGGUGUUUUAAUGUUUCUUUGGGUGGUGGGGGAAGUAAGGCUGGCUCUAAACAUAAGAUGAAUAGAUAAUACUAAGGCUUUGUCGUCGUCUUCUUCUAAAAAAGAUAAUUUGAUAUGUGUGAGAAUCCUCCCCCAUCCCAGAGUUCCCUGCUGCAGUCACCUGUUUUCUCAAGCAACCAAGGCAGCAUGUGUGUAAUAUUUCUUAGUGAAAGGGAUGGGGGAUAAAUUGCAGUUUUUGCUUUGCUAACCUGCAGAGAGUUCCUCCAGGAUACUAUAGGAUUCACUCUCUGCAGCAUGACCACAAAACCUGCCAGAAAUUGAAAGCCCAACAAUUUUACUGAGUGUGCCAUGUGUGCUUGUCCUGUGGCACAGAAAUUACCUUGAAGAGAUCAGGACAUUGCCUCAUUCAGACCUAGGUCUGGGGGUGGGUGAAGUUUUUGAGGAGGCCCUGUUCUGAUCUCUGAGGCCCAGAUCUUCUACUCACCUGGCCUCCAGGUAAAUGCUUUUUGAGCAUUAAGGUGCCUUUUAAGCAUCACCGCACCGUUCCAAGCAUAACGUGUCCUUUUCACUCCAGUGUGUGUGUGUGUGUGUGUGUGUGUGUGUGUAUGUAUAUAUAUAGAUAUAGAUGUAAAGGGCAGCCAUAAGGAAAUCACUGGUUGGUGGUUGCCUGGGAAAGAUAAGUGUUGUUGUGUUGUUGUUGUUAUUUUCAAAGCCGUGCACAGUGAUACCUUGGUUCUCAAACGCCUUGGUACUCAAACGCCUUGGUUCCCAAAUGCGGAAAACCCAGAAGUAAGUGUUCGGUUUUUGAACGUUUUUCAGAAGCUGAACGUCCGAUGUGGCUGUCAGUUAUUGUUUCUGGGGUACCUGCACCAAUCAGAAGCUGAACCUUGGUUUUCGAACAUUUCAGAAGUCAAACUAACUUCUGGAACAGAUUAAGUUUGGUCCUUUUGUUUUUGCUAUUUGUUUUUGAGGCUUUUUUGGUUAAUUUGUUUUUAUGACUGUGUGGAACCCAGUUCAGCUACUGAUUGAUUGAUUGUGUGACUGCAGAAAUGCAUCAAAGCCCCCCCACCCCCUGCAAACAAUGACUAUCAUCAGCGUAGGUAAGAAUUAUUACUGUUAUUUUAAUUUUUAUCAUCUACAAUACUGUCUUAUUUAUUUUAUUUUAUCGUAAAGUACAUUGAUUAUUGCUUUCAUUUUAUGGGUCACUGGGCCCGUUAGAUAUAAUAAUAAUAAUAAUUUAUUAUUUAUACCCUGCCCAUCUGGCUGGGCUUCCCCCCACUCUGGGCGGCUUCCAAAAGAAUAUCAAAUAGCAAAAUUAAUGUUAAAUUGCUGUUUUAGGGGUUGCUUUUAGAAGUCUAGAAUGGAUUAAUCCGUUUUGCAUUACUUUCUAUGGGAAAGCGCGCCUUGGUUUUGGAACGCUUUGGUUUUGGAAUCGACUUCCAGAACAGAUUAUUAAGUUUGAAAAGCAAGGUACCACUGUAAUACUGGAAGAAUAAUAAUACUGGAGGAAGGAGAGUGCUUCUUAGCAGGCAGUGGUGAAAUACCCCACCACCUCUGCUAGUCAGGGGAGACCAGUCUUCCGCAACGCAGUGCCCUGCAGUGGUUUUGGACAAGAACUGCUGUCAGCCCCAGCCAGCGGUGGCACCAAUUUGGCUGGUGAGGGCACUGAACCCUCCUGGUCUGACUUGGCACAAAGCAGCUUUCUCUGCCCAUUUUUCACCCUGGCAACCAGGACUGUGAUGGGCUCACCAUUGUCGUAGAAGGUGCUGGGCUAUGCUUCUCUGGAUCAGGAUUCUAACCAUGGGCCUCUGCUUUGCAAGGUUGCAAAGAUUUUGAAAGUCCACAGUGGAAAGGUUGGUGGAAAGGCCAGUAUCGAUUAUUUAAAUGAUAUGCAUGCGUCAAAAGAGCAUACAGUAUUUGAGGAAAAAAGGAAGCACAGCUAAAAGGCCAAAGGAAGGCUGUGUUUGUGAGUGACUGUUGUGCAAAGCUAUUACACACACAGGAAGCUGCCUUAUACAGAGCCAGGCCAUUGGUCCGUCCAGCUCUGUAUCUCCUACACGGACUGUCAGUAGCUCUCCAAGGCUUUAGACAGGGUUCCCUCCCAGCCUUACCUGGAGAUGCCAGGGACUGUGUGCAAAGCACAUGAUGGCCCUUUCCCAUGGAGUGGGAGUGUUCUGCCUACAUAUUUGUAAAUAAACAUCAAUGUUACAAAAUGGCACUAAUCCUCCAGCAACAACCUUCUGAGGGGAGCCAAGCCUGAAAAGUGCUGUGCCCCUGGAACUUCUCACUGCUUAGAAAUGUGGAGUGAGCAUAACAUGCUAGUGUGGCAACAGGGCAGUGCUAGGACAGGGGUGGUGAUUUUGUGGUCCAGCAAUAUCUGGAGAAGGGACGCUGGUGGCGCUGUGGGUUAAACCACAGAGCCUAGGACUUGCCGAUCAGAAGGUUGGUGGUUCGAAUCCCCAUGACGGGGUGAGCUCCCGUUGCUCGGUCCCUGCUCCUGCCAACCUAGCAAUUCGAAAGCACGUCAAAGUGCAAGUAGAUAAAUAGGCACCGCUCUGGCAGGAAGGUAAAUGGCGUUUCCGUGCGCUGCUCUGGUUCGCCAGAAGCGGCUUAGUCAUGCUGGCCACAUGACCCGGAAGCUGCACACCGGCUCCCUUGGCCAGUGAAGCGAGAUGAGCGCCGCAACCCCAGAGUCAGUUACGACUGAACCUAAUGGUCAGGGGUCCCUUUACUUUUAACAUCUGGAGGGCCACAGUUUCCCACCUCUGCACUAGUGCAGAGAGCACUGGGAGGUUUCCUUGUGUUCAUAGUGUGUCUCUCAUUUACAAAUGUACAAGUGGAAUACAGUGGAAGCAAGUCUAACAGGUAGCAAAACCACUAAACCUGCCUCAGAUGCUCAAAGCAUGCGCACAUCUCAUACUACAUGCCUUUCAUCCAGCUUGACUCCUGAUCAACAAUUCCCAGAAAUCUGUCUGUCUCCCAAAUGAAACCUGAUACUCUCAUGCUUUAAAGGAAAAUAUCAUUUGGGGGCAUGAACAUUCUUUUUGCCAAGUCCAUGCUUGCUCAUUGGUUGCUUGGUGACAGGUCCAGUCAAAGGAAUCAAGACUGUCAGGUUUGUAACAGUGAGUAGGAAGCAGCAGUGUUACAUCACAAUAAUAAGUGAAAUGUUGAGUAAUAGGAGCUCUGCUUUCCAGUUCCUAGGUUCCCACUUUGACGGCUUAAUAAACUUAUUUCCCUUUAUCAAAUGGCUCAAAGGGUAGUUGAAUAGCGGAUUGAACCCUUCCUGUUGUGGAAGAGCCAUAGCUCAGUGUAAGAGCGCCUGCCUUCCGUGCAAACGGUCCCAAGUUCAAUCCCUGGCAUGUCCAGGUAGGGCUGGGAAUUUUGACAGUCUGAAACCCUGGAGAGCCUCUGCUGGUCAGUGUGGACAAUACGGAGCUAGAUGCAUCCUGUGAGGCCAGAGGGGGAGAGUGCAACCGGUGUGCGGUUCACAUGGCGAGGGAGAAGCUGCUGCACCUGUUUCGGGAGGUUUGAUUGAAGCCCAGAUAGCUGCUAGGCGUAGGUGGGGAUGACUCUGCCCUCUGGGAGGGAAGGAAGGCUAGAUAAGGGUGGAACUGUGAAGAGGUGGAGAAACAGAGACUGGAGGCUGGAGGAGAGGAAGGCAGGAGGGAGCUCAAGAACUGCUUACAGUUACCUGGGGAUGUAAGUGAUUCAUCUACACUGCUGUAUAUUUUGGAAAGUAGUUUGUCCGCUGAUUUAUAGUGUAUAGAUGUAGAUUUCGGCUGGCAAAUUUCGGCUGAUGAGCACAGGUUAAAUCCUGAUUGGUUGGAUGGGAUCUAUGCAAACCUCUUCUUAUUUCAGGAAGGUGUUUUGGACUGCGAAAACAGAGGUUUUCCCUAUCGUAUUAGCAGAAGUUUCCGAGUGAACCUGCAUGGGAAUCCCUGCUCAAAAUGAUGGGGAAAACCCUCCCCACUUUUAGUGAGGGAUUCCGAAGAGCACACCCCUUCCUGCUCUUUACGCUGAAUAAGCCACUCACACAACUGCAAAUUGUGAAAGAAGCACCUAGCUUAAUUUGGCCCAAAGUGUGAUCAGCUUCUGAAGGAAAUCAAACUAGAUGUCUCUCCAAAUUGUAUAAUUCUGAACAAUUACAAUAGCACUGCCGAUGUAAAAAAUUCUGUGGUCGUCUUUAAAAACACACACAGAAUUUUUUGGCAGGAUUUUAAAAAUUGUUCUUUUUCUGAGCAAAAUGGGGCUAAUUGACUUGCCCACUGUGUUUCGAAUCCCCAAGACACAAUGAAUGAACUCUGCAGGGUUCCCUUGAGUCCAGUCCAGUGGGCUGGAUUUGGGGGGGGGGGGUCCCUGCUGCAGGAUGGCAUUAAGAACCCAGCCAGGGAGUUGUAUUUAACCUUCUGCCCAGGCUUCAGCAAAAACCGGGAUCCAUUUUGUUGACUUGCCACCCAAAAGCAACAAACGAAGAGCAAAGGGGGUCAGAUUCAUCUAUCCCCAUCCUCCUCAUUGGCCAGCUUUUUAGCUGAAUAACCCUUGGCUUGAGGACAGCCUGCAAACUGCAGUGUCAUCUCAGGGCUUGCAAACCCCACCGGCAUAGCUGAUGCGUUUCCUGUUGCCUGUCUAACGUCCUGUUUCUCCCUGCCACAUCAAAAGGGAGCGUGAUGUGCACAAAUAGGUUGAAGGCCAGGGAGGGUUUGUCUGGAGUUCAGGGUUGGAGCCUGUGCCUGCAGAGAAGAAUCAAGUCCUUCAGAAGCUGAGGUGCUUUACGGACAUCUAAGAGUUGUUCCUGUUUCCUGUGGCGCCUCAGGCAUGCCCUUCUAGAUGCACACAUGCAAAGGGGCAUUGGACACUAUCAGAGCUGAAAAUAGGGGCAUGCUUGUCAUGCCAGAAGCAUAGCUGUCAACUGUUCCAUUUUUUUUAAGGGAAAUUCCCUUAUUCUGAAUAGGAUUCCUCGCAAGAAAAGGGAAAAGUUGACAGCUAUGACCAGAAGCAAGUGUGGUUGGAUGUGGAAAGGGGAAGAAUAUGUGAUUAUUUCAGUUACACAUACUUUUACUUAGUUAAUACUACCUUGUGAUAAGAGAACCACCUCCUUUAUUUUCUGUAAGCCCUUCCCCAGAACUCACUUUUUGGCCAGGGUCAUUGGAUCAUGGCCCCGACCGUAGGGCAGACUUCCCCAUCCUUCCAGAUGUUGUUGCAGUCACCAGUCCUACCAGCCCCAGCUAGCAUGUCAGGGGCUGUGGGAGUCCAGAACACAUGGAAUACAGCUGUGGUACUUCCAGAAGAUCUGUUCAUUCAGCAUUUGUUCAGAGCAUAGAAUCGUAGAAUCUUGAAGUUGGAAGGGGACCCUGAGGGUCAUCUAGCCCAACCCCAACCCCCCCCCACAAUGCAGGAAUUUUAUUUAUCUAUUAAUCUGUAAACUAAACUAAAACGUCCGUGACAAAUGGCCGCCCAACCUCUGCUCAAAAACUUCCAAUGAAGGAAAGCCCACCGCCUUCUGAGGGAGUCCGUUCCACUGUUGAACAGUGCUUAUUUUCAGAAAGUUUAGUCAGAAUCUCCUUUCUUGUAACUUGAAGCCAUUGGUUUGGAUAUGUUUGUACUUAUUAUUGAUUUAUUUAAUAAGAUUUAUACUCCGCUUGACAGAAAACCCUUUCAAAGUGGUUUUUAAGAAGAUAAUAACAUCAAGAUAAAUUCACAACCAUACUUUAAAACAUACAAAAGUUGAAAUACUACACAAUCAUCCUCAACUUUCUAAGCACCUGGGUAGGUUUGUCUAAACAAAAAUGUUUUUAGGAGGUGCCGAAAAGAGCACAGUGAAGGCGCCUGCUUGAUCUCAGUAGGCAGGGGAAUGUAGAUGGCACUGGCUGUUUAAUGACAUUUCAUUCCAAUUACACACUUUGGAAAGAAUAUAUAGGUAAAGGUAAAGGAACCCCUGACCAUUAGGUCCAGUCGUGGCCGACUCUGGAGUUGGGGCGCUCAUCUCACUUUAUUGGCCAAGGGAGCCAGCGUACAGCUUCCGGGUCAUGACUAAGCCGCUUUUGGCGAACCAGAGCAGCGCACGGAAAUGCCAUUUACCUUCCCGCCGGAGCGGUACCUAUUGUUAAGUUGUGGGUGAACAUAUCAGAUGACACAGCGAUUCUUCAAACAGCUCUUGUUUAUUCACAGGCCAGGACAGAACUCAACUGAAGGGUUCAGUCAGCCUGCUUAUAUAGAGCUCCAGUACAACGUAACUUUAACAACUUUCUAAAACUAUCCAAUCACUGAACGUCACUUUUGAUCCCUUAUUUGCAUAACUAUCUACAGUAUCCCCCUGCUGGCCCAGGGUGAGAACUUCAGUACAUAACACCUAUAUAUCUACUUGCUUUUGAACUGCUAGGUUGACAGGAGCAGGGACUGAGCAACAGGAGCUCACCCCAUCAAGGGGAUUCGAACCUCUGACCUUCUGAUCGGCAAGUCCUAGGCUCUGUGGUUUAACCCACAGCGCCACCCACAUCCCUUGGAAAGAAUAUAAAGUGUAGAUAAAUGCCAAACUUUGCAGACUUGCAAAGUGAAGUACAACCUUCUUUAAACACUUGGCAAGAGUCAUUGACAUGAUAUAUAAAUAAUGAAAAUCUAGAAUAUCAAGGUAAAAUUCAGGAUAACAGGAUCCUGGUCACUGUCUCUUCGAGCUCUUGCCGUCGGGACGGAGAUACAGGACGAUGAAGACAAGAACGAGCCGUCUUAAGAACAGCUUCUUCUCCAGAGCGAUCUCGGCCCUGAAUGGGAAGCCCGGACUUUGAAAGUCAUCUAAUCUCCCUUGCUGUAUUAUACUGUAUUGUUUAAUUAGUGUUUUUAUGGAGCAGUCAAGUAAUUUCGUUGUCCCCGAAGGGGGCAAUGACAAUAAAGAUAUUAUUAUUAUUAUUAUUAUUAUUAUUAUUAUUAUUAUUACCUCUCCAAUAAGAAAAGUGAGCAGAAGGUUCUUCUGGUGGUGAAUUAAUGGAAGAAAUGCAGGGAGACUAGUUAUUUCUGGUAAUGUUACCUCUGACUGCUUUGCAGUGUUGUGUUAGUUCAUCUACAAGUGCAAGCUUCCAAACAAGUUUUGCAGAGUUAACUAACGAUCAUUUCUCCAUCCAGGCUGCUACCAGGAAAAAUCAAUUAUUAUUGUUAUCCUGCAUUUUCCUCUCAUUUACCUCACCUAAAAGAAGUCUAAUCUUUUGGGAAAGUGGGUUUGUUGCUAUUGCACUAAACCUCCCAAUCAACUAUAAUUGCCCACCCUGAAUUUGUCGGUAUGUUACUGAAGUUCCCCAGGUUAGGGAAACACUGGCCUUGUGGGCGGAUGUCCAGAUGCCGGAUGCCUUGGUGGGCAGAGCCAAAACCAAAAGUCGGGAGAGCAUCAGAUGUAAUUGUUAGCUUUGUGAAGUAGGCUAGUUUCUGCACACACCCCUCUCUAUCUCCUAUCCAGCCAUUAUCAGAAUUCAAUAGCAUGUUUCAGCCAGGCAGAAAAACUUAGGAAGGGUGUGAAGCAGAUCCAGUCAAGGGGGUGGCCUGGGGAGAGGUUCUGGCAUUGGAAAUGUCCCAAGGGCCAGGUGGAGAGGUUUCAAGGGCCACAUUUGGCCCCCAGACCUGAGGUUCCACACCCCUGAAGUAUGCACUGCAUGAAGAAGUGUUUCUUUCGGCUUGUCCUGCACCUCCAGCCAUUCAGUGUCAGUGGAUGAUCUCCACGUUCUAGUUUUGUAAGAGAGGAAGCAGGGAGUUAGGACUGAGGUGGUUUCCAAACUUGUAUGGUAGAACCAUCUCCUGAACAAUCAUACCAAAAUUCCUGUGGUUCAGCUUGGUGCCCUCCAGACUUGUUUUGGACUACUAUUCCCAUCAGCCCCAGCCAGCAUGACCAAUCAGAAAUGGCUUAAAUGGUAGUCUAAACCAUCUGGAGGGCAUCUGGCUAGUGAAGGCUGCUGUUGGUGGAUAUUUCAAAUAAAUAUCGUGGUACUGAUGAACAGAGAAUGCCAAGCAGGCAAGUUAAACCAUGUUAAGUGACCUGAACUUGUACCUUUCACAAUACCAGAGUUUCACCCUAACUGUGGCCAGACUCAAUGGCAGCAUUGAUCUCAUUUGGGGGGAGGAGCGCUUACUUUGCAGAAGUUUGAGGGGAGCAACCAGGAAAGGCUUGCAGGAAACCUGACUUUUAUAACGAAUGAAUGGAUUUCUUUAUCAUCGUCACAGACCAGAAAUUGACUUUUAUAACAUUCCCUUCCACGUUCCCAGGUCAUAUGGCAAAGCACAACAGGCCGGGAAAAUAAUCAAUAACCUUGGACUUCUGUACAUGUUUCUCCUGUUGCUCAUUAGGUUAUGGUCCAAAUAGCAUUCUCUCUGUCGGGAGAAGGUGAAGCAAAGAGGCAGAGAGACGUCGCUGAAGCAAAAGGCUGCCUUGUGCAGGAGAAGAAUUAGCUAGGAUUGCAAGCCCAGAUUUCCCUUGGUGAGUUGGGCCUCGGCUUUUUAAAAAUAAAUGUUAUUAUUUAAAGUCUUUGUUCACAGUUUAGCAAAGGUGGACAGACGUGGCCAACCUGAGUGGCCAUUUAGGGCCAGCUGUUUGGAAAGCAAGGGGUCAUCCAAGUUAGGUGUUGGGUUGUUGUUGGUUUGGGUAGGGGAUAGUCUGCAAAAUGUCAUUGGUGCAAUAAUAGUGUAUUAGUUAAGGAAUUAUAUUGGACUGUCCAAACAUCAUUCCACUUUAUUAGUUGUUCUGUGGUGCCUUCCCAAACAUGAUUGCUUUAUUGCUGCCUGGAGGAGCCCUUUCGUUAUGAAAACGGGACAACUCUGGAACAUUUGCGGCAUGAAAAGUUGCAGGGUUUCAGCAGGGUUAUGGGGCACACACUGAUUGGAAGGGCAGCUGUAAGUCUACCCCACAGCACUUGCUGCAUUGAAAAUAUGAUGGUACAGCCCUCUUACUACCAUCAUCAUCAUCAUCAUCAUCAUCAUAAUUUAUUAUUUGUACCCUAGCCAUCUGGCUGGGUCUCCCCAGCCACUCUGGGCAGCUUCCAACUAAGAUUAAAAAUACAUUAAAAUGUCUCACGUUAAAAACUUCCCUGAACAGGGCUGCCUUCAGGUAUCUUCUAAAUAAUAAGAAUAAUUCAUUGAGCACAUAUAGUCCUGAAUGUGCAAGAAGAAGAGGGCCUGCAAGGGCUCUUCAUCUCACCAAAGGGAACUUCCCUCUCUCCUCUCCCCAGGCCAGCAUGUUACGUUCGGCGGCUCUGCUUCUCCUCUUCGUGGUCUUCCGGCUGUUCCUGGACCUGCCAUGGAUCCAGGUGGUCCCAGCUCUCUUAAUAUUCUACUUGGGAUCUGGAGGAUGGACUUUCCUUCGCAUCGUCAUCAUGACAGCCAGACGGGAUGUUUCGUAAGUUUUGUAAACUGGCGGACCUCCCUCUCUGAGCCUCCUUCGUGUGACUUCAUCUGAUUUAUAUGUUUCUUGCUAACAUGCCUUUUACAGCAAUCAUUCUGAUGUAGCCGUAGGUCCAGAAUUUAUGUGGGUUUCUCAGAAGCACAUGAGAAAUGCAAGCUUUGGCACUAGCUGCAGCACUCGGGAUCUUGAAGCAAAGGGUAUGUGUUGGUUACAGGAGGGGCCAUUGCUCAGUGGAAGAGUACACAAUGCUUCGUUUUCAGAAGGGCCCAGUUUCUAUCCCUGGUAUAUCCAGUUGGAAGGACCAGCAGGAAGUAAUAGGGGCCCUGGAAAGCCACUGCCCGUCAGAACAGAUUAGGGGGAUCCAGCAUGGUGCCAUGAAGAUGCACUUGGACUACAAUUCCCAUCAGCCCCAUCCAGCAUGACCAGUGGUCAGGGCCCUGGAACAGAUAAUACAGGGUUAGAUGAACACACAGCCACACAGCCUAAGAGGGCUGCUUCUUACUUUAAAUGUGUGGUCGCAACAAAAGCAGGCAACUGCUCAGCAAAUUCUGCUCGCUCUUCGUGGUGUCCCAGGGCAACUUGCCUGUGUCUGAAUGUCCCAGGCUUGUGCCUUUCCCUGCUCUCUGCCGUGCCAUCAGCAGCUGCUUAUGUAGGGCCUCCAGAUGUUGUGGGGCUUCAGCUCCUAUAAUCUCCAGCCAUUCACCAUUGGCUGAGGUUGAUGCGAGUUGGAGUCAAACAGCAUCUAGAAGACACCUGGUUAGGGAAGACACCUGGUUAGGGAAGACUUUUUCAGCAGGGGGACAGUCCACUGUCCCUCAGACCUUGUGGGGGGCCGGACUAUAUAUAUUUUUUUGGGGGGGGGAACGAACACAUUCCUAUGCCCCACAAAUAACCCAGAGAUGCAUUUUAAAUAAAAGGACACAUUCUACUCAUGUAAAAACAUGCUGAUUCCCGGACCGUCUGCGGGCCGGAUUGAGAAGGUGAUUGGGCUAGAUCCGGCCCCUGGGCCCUAGUUUGCCUACCCAUGAUCCACACUGAUGGGCCAAUACACCCUUUGGAAGUAAGCUUCUCACACCCCUCCUUGGAGCAGCAGAAGCAGUGGUGUCAGGGAGAAGGAGGAGUGGAAGAGGUUUUCCCAAUACUGGUGAAACUGACAAGGUAUUUUCAGAUUCACUAAAAAGCAGAGACCUGUGUCACUUUCACAGAAGGCCUAGAAGGAACUGAAAAGGCUUUCUUUCACCCAAAUGUGCCAACUGAUGUGUUCUGGAGGGAAAAAACCAUUAAGAUCCAUGAAGAUCUAUGCCUUGGAUCAAUACUUUUGUGCUACUGGCAAGCACCAGAUCUGUGAUUAUUUUAUGUGCAGCCUACCAAUGUAAGCCUUAUUUGAUGGUAGUUUGGCGGGGACCCAAAGCAAAAAGAUGAAGAUUCAAGAGACUCCAUUGUUUUAAUCUUCUGUAUGUAACUUUUAUGCAGACCCCAUGGAAAGGCUGUGUGUGCAUUCAUGUGAGUGUGCCUUUCUUCUGUUUGUGCUGGGGCCAGGGAUUGACCAAAGGGCAGGGGCAGUGUCCACAGCACUCUCAGAAUUCCAAAAGUUCCCACAGGCCCCCCAAAAUUGGCAGCCCUGGUGUAAUGUGAGGAACGAUGUUGAAAGAUUCUCUGCUAGGAAUAAAAUGUUGCUGCUCAUUUGUGAUAAAAUUGCUAAAUCUCCUUUGAAGUACUGUUCCAUGCCAGACUGCACUUUGGACUUCAGACGUGCCUAAGAAAUUACAAACAGCCAAGCUUUCUAGUCUAUGACUUUGCCUGGUCUGAUGCCAAGAAACUGCUUUUGUUCAGGCAAAACUGGUUUUUGAAGGGAACACACACACACACACACACACACACACACACGAUAAUCAAGCAUGGCUCCUUUCAGGGUGUGGCAGUGUUGCAAUCACCUCUCACCAUCCCUGGUCUAAGAAACCCUACAAGAGAGGAGGAAAGGUCCUUGAAACUCAAUAAGAGAAAUCCUCCUUUUUGUUAGAUGAACAUAAGAACAUCAGAAUGGCCUGCUGGAUCAGACCAGUGACCCUUCAAGUACAGCAUCCUGUUCUCACAGGCAGUGGACAACCAGAUAUCUGUGGGAAACCUGCAAGCAAAAGAGCCUUCUUCCUUCCUGAGGUUUCCUUGACAGAUGGUCAUCCAGCCUCUGCUCAAAUAUCUCCAUGAAAGGAGAGCCCAACACUUCCCAAGAUAGCCAUUUCCACAGCCAAACAGCCCUUGUGUCAAUAGUUUAGCCAAAAUCUGCUCCCUGCCAUUUCCACCACAGGGUUCUUCUAUUCCUGUCCUCUGAAGUAACACAGAGUGAGUCUCCUCUGUCAUUUGCAGGACAGCCUUCAGGUAUUAUAAGAUGGCUAUCAUGUCUCCACUGUGUAUUUUCUUCUCUGGGCUAAACAUUCCCAGCUUUUUCAACAGUACGGCUUAGUUUCCGGACACCUCCCCAACUUGGUUGCUCACCUGUGGGCACACUCCAGUUUAUCAAUGUCCUUCUUAAAAUGUGGCAUACAGAACUAGAUGCAGAACUGCAGAUACAGUCUUCUAGUGCUGGUGUUAUAUUAGGGGUCCCACUCACCAGAUCCUUGCUUAGAGCCAGUGUAGGGUAAUUGUUAGAAUGUUGGAAUUUGACCUGGGAGACCAGGGUUCAAAUCCCCACUCAGCCAUAAAACUCAUUGGGUAGCCUUGGGCCGCCCACUGCCUCUCAGGCAAACCUACCUCACAGGUUUGUUGAGAAGAUAAAAAUUGGAAGCUGAGAACCAUGUACACCACCUUGAGCUCCUUGGAGGAAAAGGUGGUAUACAAAUAUAGGUAAAGGGUAAAGGGACCCCUGACCAUUAGGUCCAGUCGUGACCGACUCUGGGGUUGCGGUGCUCAUCUUGCUUUACUGGCCAAGGGAGCCGGCGUACAGCUUCCAGGUCGCUUCUGGCAAACUAAACCGCUUCUGGCAAACCAGAGCAGCACAUGGAAACACCAUUUACCUUCCUGCCGGAGUGGUACCUAUUUAUCUACUUGCACUUUGACAUGCUUUUGAACUGCUAGGUUGGCAGGAGCAGGGACUGAGCAACGGGAGUUCACCCCGUCACGAGGAUUCGAACCUCCGACCUUCUGAUCGGCAAGUCCUAGGCUCUGUGGUUUAACCCACAGCGCCACCUGCAUCCCUGGUAUACAAAUAUAAUAUAAGAUAAAUAAAAAAUACAAGCAGGCUGGCUUCAUAGUAUUGGCAGGCAGCUAGGGAGAUAGAGUUCAAUUUGCCAGUGGGGAGCACUAAUAUAUUAAUGGCAAGAGACCUUAGCUCUGUGGCAGAGCAUCUGCUUUGCAAGUGGAAUGUCCCAGGUUCAGUUCCCUGAUGGCAUUUCCACGUAGGCAGAGAACCCUGCCUGAAAUCUUGAAGAGCCACUGCCGGUCUGUGUAGACAAUACUGAACUAGGUGGGCCAAUAUUUUGACUUGUACCUAGCAGUUUCCUGUGUUCCUGUUUAGGGAGGGCUGUAGCUCAGCAGUGGAGCACCUGCUUUGUGUGCAGAAGGUCCCAGGUUCAGUCCCCUGUGCCAUCACCAUGUCGCAGGUGAUGAGAGAGCCCCCACCUCCAGCCCUGGAGCUCGGCUGGAAUGGUAUCACCUGGUAUAAGGCAUCUUUCCUGUGCCUACAGUUAGCCCCAUGUGAAAAUUCUGUGACUGAGUGCUGAGGAGGCAGCAGGCUGGGUGUGUAGGUGGGGCUUUGCAAUAAGGGCGAGUUUAGGAGGGGUUUUGAGCCUGGGAUGCUUGCGAAACCCUCUUCCAUGAAAUGUAUCCUGGUUCUUGUUCAGCUGAACACACCUACAGGCUUGAAGGAGAUGCAGUGGCAUGAGAUUGCCAUACUGUUAAGAGUGUUUCAGUGAAGAUGAGUGGGUGGGUAGUUCCUCUCCAUUCCCUUGGGAUGAGCUGGCCAACUGGAAUCAUGGCACCUCUGCCCUGGCCAGGCCCCACUGAGGCAAGGAAGAAGGGCUACCCCUAUGCUAUUCAUAUAAUCAGUUAUCUUUUUUUAUAUAUAUAUUUAUUGAGAUUUUCCAAAUGUUACAAUAUAAAAAUGAAAAAGAAGAAAAAAAAGAAGAAGAAAAAAGAAAAAAUACAAAAUAAAAAUGAUUAAAAACCACUCAAUUUUUCCAUUACUUAUUUUUCCUUAGCUUGUUUCCCGGACCUCCUCAUACCUCCCUUUUUUGUAUUCCAGUUCAAUUUGUUGGUUCAGCAAAUCCUUACCCUCUUUAUUUAUCCUAAUCUUUGGUCUUAAAAUAGUAACGUUAGAUUUUUACCUAUUAACAACCCAUUUUUCAUAUUACCUUAAAGCAUUACAGCUGGAAACCACUUAAUUUCUAUCCAACAUCAUUCUAACAUUCAUUAAUUUUACAAUAUUUCUGUAGAUAGUCUUUGAAUUUCUUCCAAUCUUCUUCCACCGACUCUUCUCCCUGGUCUCAGAUUCUGCCAGUCAUUUCUGCCAGUUCCAUAUAGUCCAUCAACUUCAUCUGCCAUUCUUCCAGAGUGGGUAGAUCUUGUGUCUUCCAAUACUUUGCAAUGAGUAUUCUUGCUGCUGUUGUGGCAUACAUAAAAAGUUCUGUCCUUCUUUGGCACCAAUUGGCCGACUAUGCCUAGGAGAAAGGCCUCUGGUUUCUUCAAGAAGGUAUAUUUAAAUACCUUUUUCAAUUCAUUAUAUAUCAUCUCCCAGAAAACCUUAAUCCUUGGGCACGUCCACCAAAGGUGAAAGAAUGUACCUUCAAUUUCUUUACAUUUCCAGCAUUUGUUAUCGGGCAAAUGAUAAAUUUUUGCAAGCUUGACUGGGGUCAUGUACCACCUGUAUAUCAUUUUCAUAAUAUUCUCUCUUAAGGCAUUACAUGCCGUAAACUUCAUACCUGUGGUCCAUAACUGUUCCCAGUCAGCCAUCAUUAUGUUAUGUCCAACAUCUUGUGCCCAUUUAAUCAUAGCAGAUUUCACCGUUUCAUCCUGAGUAUUCCAUUUCAACAGCAAGUUAUACAUCUUUGACAAAAUCUUAGUUUUGGGUUCUAACAGUUCUGUUUCUAAUUUUGAUUUUUCCACCUGGAAACCAAUUUUCUUGUCCAAAUUAUAUGCCUCCAUUAUCUGAUAAUAAUGAAGCCAGUCUCGCACUUUGUUUUGUAAUUUCUCAAAACUCUGCAAUUUCAGUCUAUCUCCGUCUUGUUCCAAAAUUUCCCAAUAUUUCGGCCAUUUGGCCUCCAUAUUGAGCUUUUUCAGAGCUUUUGCUUCCAUCGGUGACAACCACCUUGGGGUUUUAUUUUCCAAUAAGUCCUUGUAUCUUAUCCAGACAUUAAACAAUGCUUUCCUGACAAUAUGGUUUUUAAAUGCUUUAUGUGCUUUGACCUUAUCAUACCACAGAUAUGCAUGCCAUCCAAAUACAUUGUUAAAACCUUCUAGCUCCAAAAUGUCAGUGUUUUCAAGAAGCAGCCAUUCUUUCAACCAGCAAAAAGCUGCUGAUUCAUAGUAAAGUUUAAAGUCUGGCAGGGCAAAUCCACCUCUUUCCUUUGCAUCUGUUAAUAUUUUAAAUUUUAUUCUAGACUUCUUGCCCUGCCAGACAAAUCUCUCUGCCACCUCUUGAAACAGUCCAUUUUGUCCACAAUUUGCAAUGUUUGAAACUAAAACAACAUUCUAGGCAAUACAUUCAUUUUUACCGCAGCAAUACGGCCCAGCAGUGAAAGCUUCAAAUUUGACCAAAUUUCUAAAUCUUUUUUCACUUCAUCCCAGCAUUUUUCAUAGUUGUCUUUAAAUAAAUUCCCAUUUUUUGCUGUCAUGUUAAUCCCCAAGUAUUUAACUUUCUUAACCACUGUUAAACUUGUCUCAUUCUGAAACCUCUCUCUCUCCAUUGGUGUUAAAUUUUUCUCUAAAACCUUGGUCUUUAACUUAUUCAAUUUAAAUCCUGCAACUUGACCAAAUUCUUGAAUCAGUUCUAAAACUCUUUUGGUACUAGAUUCUGGCUCCUGUAACGUCAAUACUAAGUCAUCUGCAAAUGCUCUCAAUUUGUACUGUUUGGCUCCGACCGAUAUAAUCAGUUAUCAGUAAUCAAUAUAUUCAUAUAUGCUCACACAUAAUCAGGGCUUACAGUAUUUUAUAAUCCAUUUUGAAUCAAAGGGAAGCUGUGCCUUAGCUAACUGCAUACUGCUUGAAACAGCAAAAUUAGGAGCCGACCUUUCCCCUACAAACAUCCGUGUACCCUGAACAAGGGGAAGACGUGAAUCAGAGAUACUGGUACAAAAUCCCCUCAGAUACAGGCUAAAUUAAUCCACAGAACAGGAAGGGCUAAACCACAAAAUCUCCAAUACUCCCUGUCCUGUCAUAACUAGGGGAGAGGUUAGACAGAGCGUCACUGCAAGUGGCGGAAAGCAGAACUAGAACUCCGUGCUUGACCAGUGCUUGACCAGGAGCUGGAAGCAUGGCAAGAAGCUCGCUAAUUCAGCGGCGUAGCGUGGGUUGUCAGCACCUGGGGCAAGGCAAGUAAUUUGCGCCCCCUAACCCGGGGUAAGGCAAGUAAUUUGCGCCCCCUAACCUCUAACCUGCCGCCGCUGCCAGCUUCUUCUUGCUGCUGCCUGGUCUGGUCUGGUGUGGUUCUCUCCCGCUCUCAGCGCUGCGCUGGGCGGCCGCUGCACUGUCCCUCCCCCAGAUAGUCCCUCGCUCUCUCUCCGCACCGCACGCCUGGCACCCACCCCCUCCACAGUGGGCGGCGACCAGCGGCUCGGAUCAGAUUCGCACAGCCAGCACUGCAGUGAGAGAGAGUGAGUGAGCCAGGUAGGGGCAGAGAGCUGCGAGUGCAAGCGCACCCCCCCCAGAUGUUGCGCCCGGUGCGGCCGGGCCCCCCUGCACCCCCCACGCUACGCCACUGCGCUAAUUGGCUAAUUUUCGCUGGCGAUAUCGUGACUGCCUCAUGGUUGUCUCAUGAUCUAUGAUUUGCUGUGAUCUGCUCAGGUAUAAAGACCUCUGGAUUUCUGUCAAUCGGGGUCCCAGUUCCUCUUGGAAGAGAUUCCAAACUGGGUCCUUAUUGCCUGGCAAUAAACUUCACCUUCUUAUUCUCCAUUGCUGAGUCUGCCUGAUCCUUAUUAACGCCAAGCGAGUACCUGCUUACGUUCACGUGCUUCACCACCUGGAAUCCUAUGUCCAGCUCUGGGCACCACAGUUGAAGAAGGAUAUUGACAAGCUGGAAGGUGUGCAGAGGACGGCAAACAAGAUUACAGUGGUACCUCGGGUUAAGAACUUAAUUCGUUCUGGAGGGACGUUCUUAACCUGAAACCGUUCUUAACCUGAGAUACCACUUUAGCUAAUGGGGCCUCCUGCCGCUGCCGCGCGAUUUCUGUUCUCAUUCUGAAGCAAAGUUCUUAACUCAAGGUACUAUUUCUGGGUUAGUGGAGUUUGUAACCUGAAGCGUCUGUAACCUGAGGUACCACUGUAUUGAUAAAGGGCUUGAAAUCCUAGCCUUAUGAGGAGCGGUUGAGGGAGCUGGGUAUGUUUAGCUUGGAGGAGCCUGAGAGGAGAUAUGAAAGCCAUCUUCAAAUAUAUGAAAGGCUGCUUUUUGCUGCUCCAGAGGCUAGGGCCCAAACUAAUGAAUUCCAUUUACAAGGAAGGAGAACUUUCUGAGGGUGAGAGCCAUUCAAUUGUGGAACAGACUCCCUCAGAAGGUGAUAGACUCUAUUUCGUUGUAUAUUUUAUAAAGCGUAGGUUGGAUGGCCACCUGUCCGGGAUUCUUUAGCUGUGAUUCCCAUCCAACUCUACACAUCUAUGAUUCUGUCUCCUGGAGGGAACCUUACUUGUGGCUUCUUCUCCUUGCCAGGACUGGAUACGUUGUCCUCUUGACUCGGUUGAAGGUUUGGUGGUACGUGAAGCACAAGUACACAGUCCCAAAGCUCUUCCAGCAGGCAGCACGCAAGCAUCCGGGAAAAGCAGCCCUGAUUUUCCAGGGGACAGGCGAGACGUGGACCUUCCAAGACCUGGAUAACUAUUCCAACCAGGUGGCCAACUUUCUGUAUGAAAGAGGCUUCCGCUCUGGGGAUGUCAUCGCCCUGUUCAUGGAAUCCCGCAACCAGUAUGUUGGUCUCUGGCUCGGCAUGGCCAAGAUCGGUGUGGAGGCUGCCCUCCUCAACUCUCACGUGCGGCAGGAGUCGCUCCUUCACUGCAUCAACAUCUCGCACUCAAAGGCCGUCGUGUUUGGAAGCGAGUUGGCUGAUGGUGAGAGGCGGUGGGAGGGAAUCCAGGGGCAGGAAGCAGAGCAGAAAGCAAGCCCAAGAGCAGGUGUAUUUAUCUGAAAAAGAGACUAAGGGACCUAUGCCUCUCCAGCUUUUGUCGGACUCCAAAACCCAUCAGCCCCAGGCCAGCAUUACCAGUGUUCAGGGAUAAUGGAGUCCAGCUCCUCUAUUUCUGGUUCAUGUCAAAGCCACAUGUGUCUGUUCAUAAGCCCAUUCUGUCCCGUUUCUGCAUUAAUCUUAGAUAUAUUUUUUAAAGAGUCUGCACAGAAAUAUUCGUUCUGUAUUGAUGUACACAUUUCUAAACAUAGCUAUACAACCCACCAGUCAUUUAUUAUAUGGUCACAAACCUGGUAAAGGUAAAGGGACCCCUGACCAUUAGGUCCAGUCAUGACCGACUCUGGGGUUGCAGCGCUCAUUUCACUUUACUGGCCGAGGGAGCCGGCGUACAGCUUCCGGGUCAUGUGGCCAGCAUGACUAUGCCGCUUCUGGUGAACCAGAGCAGCGCACAGAAACGCUAUUUACUUUCCCGCCGGAGUGGUACCUAUUUAUCUGCUUGUACUUUGACAUGCUUUCGAACUGCUAGGUCCAGGGUUAUAAAGACUGGGACUAGCCACCUGAGAAACAGUUUCUAUCCAAAUGUGAUUUUGGUUUUAAACGCAGUGUAAGGUAGUCUUUAUGUGAGUAUAUUGUAUUCGUGACUGACUCUGGGGUUGCGGCGCUCAUCUCGCAUUACUGGCUGAGGGAGCCAGCGUUUGUCCGCAGACAGUUUUUCCGGGUCAUGUGGCCAGCAUGACUAAGCCGCUUCUGGCGAACCAGAGCAGCGCACGGAAACGCCGUUUACUUUCCCGCUGGAGCAGUACCUAUUUAUCUACUUGCACUUUGAUGUGCUUUCAAACUGUGAGGUUGGCAGGAACAGAGACCGAGCAACGGGAGCUCACCCCGUUGCGGGGAUUCAAACCGCGACCUUCCGAUCGGCAAGCCCUAGGCCCUGUGGUUUAACCCACAGUGCCACCCACGUCCCUUACUGCCAUAAUAAAUAUUAACAAAUCUUUGGAUUGAAUGCCUUCAUUGCUGCCUUCAAACAUAUACAAGAGAAGUGGCUGAUGGUUGAGAUCUACCUGUUUGUUUGAGCUACCGAAACAGUUGCUAUAGGGCACUCCCACCAGAGGGUUCCUCUGCUCCCACAAUGUGGCCAGCAUGACUAAGCCGCUUCUGGCAAACCAGAGCGGCGCACGGAAACGCCGUUUACUUUCCCGCUGGAGCAGUACCUAUUUAUCUACUUGCACUUUGACGCGCUUUCUAACUGCUAGGUUGGCAGGAGCAGGGACCGAGCAACGGGAGUUCACCCCGUCGCGGGACAAGCCCUAGGCUCUGUGGUUUAACCCACAGUGCCACACCUAUAAAGGACAGAUGAGGAUUCAAACAUAUGAUUGCACAUACUUAAAAUACUCUUUGAUGCACUUAUUUGUCCUAAAAUAUUCACACUGCACAUUUUUUUGAGCCAAGACCUCCAGAUGUUGCUGGACUCAUGCCUUCCAUCAGCAACAACUGGGGGGGGGGCACAGUUUCCCCAUCCCUGGUGCAGAAUAUGAACCAUUGUGAAGACCUGCAGCUGUAGAUGUAUGCGCCACUGUGACAGAGAAGGGAUGUUCUCUGUGCUUUUGCUUCUAACACCUGUUCUCUCUUUCUAGCCUUGCGGGAAGUGCAGCCUUCCCUUGGGAAGUCCAUUCACCUCUUCUGUUCUGGCGACUGGAAAGAGGAAAGCAUGCUGCCAGGCUCAGAACAUCUGGACCCUUUGAUUGAAAAAGCAUCUCGCCAGUCACCAACUCCCCCAGACAAGGGAUUCCUAGGUAGGCACAGGCAGUGGGUAGGAACCAUUUUUCAUUGCAUGUUUCUAUGAAAUUGCUACCGCCUUUUCAUUCUCUUUUACCUACAAUUUUGCCUUAACAGGCAGCCCUGUUUAGGGAAGUUUUUAAUAUUUAAAGCUGUAUUGUGUUUUUAAUAUUCAAUUGGGAGCCACCCAGAGUGGCUGGGGAAACCCAGCCAGAUGGGUGUGGAAUAAAUUUAUUAUUAUUAUUAUUAUUAUAUUCAGGAGCUAACUCUGAAAAAGAAAGACCAAACCCCAAGUCACUGUUGCAGGAUGUGUCUGAAGUCACAUGCGUGUUCAGCACUGUGUAUUCAUACUAACACACCAACAAGAAGUUUGGAAUAUUUUGCUAGAGUUAUGGCAUUUGUCCAUUCAUGAAUAUAUGCUUGUCUCUAUUCUUGCCUGGAUAAAACUCCUGACACCCAAUAAUUUUAUUCUGGACAAGCUAUCCUAAAGACCAGAUGGGCAGCCCAGUAAUUCUUAGAGGCAAACAAACAGCUUUACAUUAGGAUUCUUGAGAGACACAUUAACAAAGAAAGCUUGGUUUAUUAUAAUAAAUGAAAAUGACGGAAUGUAUUAAUUCUGUUUCAGACAGUAAAAUUACAAUUUAAGCAGGCAGCAAAUCCUACCAUACACAAACACCUAAAGAGUGGAAGAAUCUCUACCUACUCUCAAAAGCCUACAGAAGUGAGCACGGCAAUUUUGCUAGCAGGGCUUACACUAAUAACAUAAGCAGCUAGAUUUAUUGUGCUUUUAAAUUUAUCCCAGGAGUUCCUGCCUGCCUCUCACCUCCCCAUCUUGCAAAACGUGUUUGAAUAAACCCUAGUGAGUUAUGACUGAACUGGCUAUCUUUUGUCUGCUCCCUGCCUUUCCAUUACCAGGAGUUUGAGUAGACUUUGCUGGCAGCUAGGUUUACAUGUGUUGACCUUUACAAGGUGUGAGGAACUCAGGAUAUGCCUGAAUGGCAUCAGGACACUUUUUGAAUUGAGGCUAGUAUCAGGCUUAUAGGGAGGUCAAGCAAGGUUCAUGAUGGAGAAUCUCAUGUCAUAUUUAAGUUAGUAUGUCAGCCUUUACACUUGUGCUGUGAUCUACAGAGAUAAUAAGUUCAGAUUGACACACACAGCUGUUCACAUCAGUGUUCAGUUUAAGUCGCCACACCAAAACAGCUUAUUAUUCAUAUGGGGAAACCCAACCAGACGGGUGGGGUAUAAAUAAUAAAUUAUUAUUAUUAUUAUUAUUAGGGUUGGUGAAGCAGGUUUCAUCUCUAUCACUUCCAGGCAGGGCUGGGGGAGGUAGUACUGAGUUGGAUGGACCUAUGUUUUGCAAAUUUAUAAACUGCUUUACAGCAGUUUAUUUCAUGAAUGACAGUGUCACAACUCAGGGGAAGACUUCUUAAACAGAAACAUCUUCAGUAGGCAGGCACCUAAAGAUCAUAACACUGAGUGCCUGUCUAAUUUUGGCUAGUAAUUAGGCUCUUUAAAAACAGGGCUGGGGAACGUGUAGCCUACAAAUUUCAUGUGGGUGACCCUGAAUUUUUCAACAUCCUUUUGCCUUGCAGAUAGAUUGUUCUACAUCUACACUUCAGGCACAACUGGGCUGCCCAAAGCGGCAAUCAUUGUCCAUUGCAGGUGAGCAAAAUCAUGAGGGAUCAGUCUGUGGGGUCGGGGUGAGGAGGCUCCCAGUCAAUUCUGUUUUGUGUUACUCCUCGAAAAAAACAGGACGAAGUUUAUUAUAAACCCAAAUCCAAAACAGUAGGUUGAAAGCAUAGAAGCCCCAUACUGUGCAUAUUUACUCAGAAGUAAGCUUAGGGUGCACAGGGCAGGCUGCGUGGUGCCCAUACCUCACGGUCCCAGCCCCCAAAAGCUCCUGAAACCUGAGGCAAUUGAAAGUAGCUAUCCUAUUUCCUCUUCUCCAGGCUAAACAUACUCAACUCCCUUAGCUGUUCCUCAUAAGGCUUGGUUUCCAGACAAAUACUGAUCUCUCUUUCUGGUCUCCCAAUCCAGGUAUUUCCGAAUGGCAGCCCUGGUUUUCAACGGCUUCCGCAUGCGACAGGACGAUGUGGUCUAUGACUGCCUCCCCUUAUACCACGCAGCAGGUAACACCAUCACUUUUAACCUUUCAGUCUUUUCCAGUGACUUAACUUUGACCCAUCUGCUUCACUUUUGUGAUGGCUAUGUUGUUGCUGAACUGUGAACAAAACGUCCGGCUGAAAUGAAGGGAAUUGAUAGAAACAAAGGAUGCUGCGUCACACCGAGUCAAACUGUUGGUCCAUGAAGAGCAGCAACAGCAGCAUUUCAGAUAAGAGCCUUUGCCAGCCCCACCCAAAGGUGCUGAGGACUGAACUUGGGACCUUCUGUGUCCUACCCACCAUUCUGUACACUUGUUAUUAUUUAGAGGAAGGAAGUUCCAGGGUUCUGGAGCUUCCCACUGGUGAUUUCUCCCACCCAGGCACUGACUUGGCAUGCUGGAUUCUUCCCUUCCCAAGAUCAUGCCCUGGGGUCUUGUGUAGAUUGGAUCUGAGCCAAACCUGUUGGAAUGAAGUUAUAUGGCUUUAGUAGAAAUGUUAUAAGGAAUUAAGUAUAAAUAGAUUAAUAGAGUAUUAAAGGGAAAAAUAAGGUUAGAAUCUGUUAAGAUAAUUAAAAGAUAGAAAGCAGAGGAAGAUGGAAAGGAAUUGCUGAAACAAUUAAUAGAAGUGGAAUACAAAAAGGGAGGUGUGAGGAGAUCACUGAAAUAAGUGAAUGAAAGAUAAGAUAUGGAAAUUGUUUGAUUUUUUUUUAAUUGUUUUUGUUCUGUUAGUUUAGUGUGUUGUGUAGUGUUUUUGUAUUGUGUUGUGUUGUUCUUUUUUCUUCUUAUUUUUGUGUGUGUUUGAAUUGUUGGAAAAGUAAUAAAUAUUAUUAUUAUUAUUAUUAUUUUUAAAAAGGAUCUGAGCCAAACCGAGAACAGCAAAGUCUUGCUUCUCAUAAGCUAGUCACAAUUUCAGUUCCAGAUUUCCUGCUGGCUAAAAUGGGUUUCCCUCUCACUCUUCCCUUCCAGGUAACAUUGUUGGGGUUGGCCAAUGCGUUCUGCAUGGGAUGACGGUCGUGAUCAGGAAGAAAUUCUCAGCUUCUAACUUCUGGGAAGACUGUGUGAAAUACAACUGUACGGUGAGGCAGGGCUGAGACCACAGCUGUGCGGGUGGGGCAAAGAGGAGAUCCAUAGUAUUGUAGAGUUGGAAAGGACCCCGAAGGUCCAACCCCCUGCAAUGUAGGUUUCACAACUAAAGAAUGCCUGACAGAUGGUCUUCCAACCUCCUCCUCCUCAUCAUCAUACACAUCAUAAUAAAUGCAAGUGUGUGCAUUUUUAUAUAACAAACAACAAAACACCAGACAAAGCAACAAAUUCCUCCCAAAGGCAAAUGCAUAGCAGCACAUUUUCAAAGCAUCUUAAGAGUCAGAGGGUUGACUCAGUAGCUGGAACACCAAGAACCUGUAAGGUGGAUGUAGAGUUGGAGAUUUUUCAUCUCAUGCAGACAAAGAAUGCCAAGGCUGGAAGGUCGCAGCACGAGAACAGGGCCCUUUCUGUGGUGGCUUCCUGUUUGUGGAACACUCUCCCCAAGGAGGCUCUCCAGGCACCUUCAUUACAUAUCUAUAGGCUCCAGAUGAAAACGCUGCUCUUAAACUAGGCUUUGUGCUGAUUAAAUGAUCCAUGGGCUUUUAAGGGGUUGCCUUCUACAAGCCUUAUUUUGAGAGCUGAAUGCAUUUCAUUUAACAUCCUGUGCCUAAAAGGGUGGGAGAGACAUGAACUAAAACGUUAUCUCUUUGAGAGGAGGGACAGGGUACAGAUUUGUCAGGGGCCCACGUGAGAAUCAAGGCUAUCAUUUCAAAGGUAGAAGACUGCAUAGCUGCCACAUGUAGGUUACCUCGUGCCAUGCCUCUCAUUUUGUCCCUGACUGCUUCUUCCUCUGCUGUUGCCAUCAGAUCGUACAGUACAUUGGGGAGAUAUGUCGUUACCUGUUGAACCAGCCCUCUCAAGAGGUGGAGAGGAAGCAUCGGGUCCGGAUGGCUUUGGGCAAUGGCCUACGGGCUUCCAUCUGGAAGGAGUUCACUGAGCGCUUUGGCAUCCCCCAGAUAGCCGAGUUUUAUGGAGCCACCGAGUGCAACUGCAGUGUGGGCAACUUUGACAACAAGGUAAGGGCUGCCUUCUUGCUGAAGGCAUUGCUUGGUGUUUGCCCAGAGUGCCUGAGCUUUUGGCCCUGGGCCCCAGACCUCCUGCCCUUCAUCCCUUUGCUUCCGUGGUGACCCCAAAAUUUUCUCCUCUGCAGCUGGGGGCUUGUGGCUUCAAUAGCAGGAUCCUUCCCAACAUUUACCCCAUCAACCUAGUCCGAGUGAAUGAGGAAACUAUGGAGCUGAUCCGGGGACCUGACGGGCUCUGUAUACGGUGCAAACCAGGUGAGGCUGGGUAGCAGCCCAGUAGGGUGGAGAUCAGCUGGGUAAUCCUUGAAUGAGAAUAGGAGGGAGAGAACAGCAGGGCUGGGGCACUGUGUUCCUGACUUCCAUGUUGUAGCGUUCCCCAAGCAAGGAAGGAUUGGACUCUGAUUAAUAGAAUACACAUGAAGCUUGACCAGUAAGACUCUGGGAGGAGGUGCCAAUAAUAAUCCUCUCCACCACUCGACCCAGGUCGUUUUAUUCACAAAAGAACUUUUUACACAGUGUUCGUAAGAACCAAUCAGAUUUCCUCUGAGCAUUUGAGAAAAACCCCAUGUUAUUGUUGUUAAUUAUUAUUAUUAAUUGAAGACUAGUGUGGAAAUGUAGAGAACUGAACUUAAGUUUGGGAAAAAAUAGAAACUGAGAAAAGCCCAUCUCUAGGUCACAGUAGACCAGGGGUCAGCAACCUUUUCCAGCUGUGGGCCAGUCCACUGUCCCUCAGGCCAUGUGGGGAGCCGGACUAUUUUUUUGGGGGGGGGAGGGGAAUGAAGGAAUUCCUAUGCCCCACAAAUAACCCAGAGAUGCAUUUUAAAUAAAAGGACACAUUCUACUCAUGUAAAAACCGUCCAGAGGCCGGAUUGAGAAGGCGAUUGGGCCACAUCCGGCCCCUGGGCCUUAGGUUGCCUACCCUUGCAGUAGACCCUCCAAGUGUCCCUAUUUUCCAGGAACAUUUUCAUUGGUAAAUGAAUCCCUGAGCCAUCUGAAGGAAAUCCUGUAUAGGGAAGUUUUUUUCUUAAUGUUUAAUGUUUUAUUAUGUUUUUAUAUAUGUUGGAAGCUGCCCAGAGUGGCUGGGGCAACCCAGGAACAUGUGUGGGGUAUAAAUAGUAAAAUUAUCAUUAUGGAAUGAAAUGCCCCUAUUUUCAUUGGAGAAAUGUCACAGGGGGUUUUGAUGAGUGGAGGUGGCAGGUGAUUCAUCCCUGAAGUGGAGCACAUCAAUAAACUUUUGGGUUCCUGCAGGUCUUUAGAUGGAGCAGUGGCCCCCAGGAGCUAGGACAAGACCGAGGACAGAUGGGACCCUGUCAGAGAGACAGAGAUCAAUCCUCCUUUGCUCAUUGUCCUCCUUCCGGGCUGAUGACCAUGAUUCUUAAGCUACAGCCAACUCAAGCUCUCCUCUAAGAGAGAGUGCAUCAUAGACCUUGGGAUGACACUUCACUUAAAAUUCCUGGGAUUCAGGGGCUUGGUUCACACACAGUUAAGCUAAGCCUAGGUUUAGUGUUACAAUAUGAGUGACAGCAUGGCCACAAAGAGAAGACUGGAAGCUUCUUCUUCUAUUUGAGAUUAACCACAGUUUAGUGUUACAGUGGUACCUCUGGUUGCGAAUGGGAUCCGUUCCGGAGGCCCGUUCGCAACAUGAGUAGAACGCAACCCGCAUCUGUUAUCUGCUCGUGCGUGGGCCACGAUUUGCCGCUUCUGCACAUGUGCGUGAUGGCAUUUUGCACGUCUGCACAUGCGCGAGCGACGAAACCCGGAAGUAACCCUUUCCGGUACUUCCGGGUCGCUGCAGGACACAACCUGAAAUGCUCAACCUGAAGCAAACGUAACAUGAGGUAUGACUGUAUAUCCAUUAAUCUUAGCAAUGGCCUUCUGAAAAGCAGCCAGCUUCAUAAAUGUUACCUUCUUAUACUUUUCUGUGUAUAAGACAAAGAUUAUUUACUGUAAAAUAAAGUUUAAAAACGGGGCUCGUCUUAUACACGGAUAGUGGAGGGGGGGGACAGUGAUGAGUGAUUGGUUGUAUCUGCGAGCAGGAGCUUGUCAGCGGCGAUUUUGUUGGUGAUUGGUAGCCGUGUCAAGUGCUGCUUUGGAUUGUCUGCUGCUGUGGAAAUUGGGUGGGUGAUUGAUCGAUGCGGCAAGGGUUGUUUAGGAUUGGCUGCUGCGAUUGCUGCCGGCUGUUUGUAAUUCGUGCAAUCCCCCCCCAAAAAAAGCUCAACAACUUUGGGCAAUCCCCCCCGUUUUCUUAAAUUUCUGUCCCCAAAAAUAGGGGGCAUCUUAUACACAGGGUUGUGUUAUACACAGGAAAAUACGGUACAGUCAUACCUCAUGUUACGUUUGCUUCAGGUUACUUUCCUUCAGGUUACGUCCUGCAGCGCCCCGGAAGUACCGGAAAGGGUUACUUCCAGGUUUCGCCACUUGCGCAUGCGCAGAAGCACUAAAUCGUGCCGCGCACCUGCGCAGAUACAGUGCUUCUGGUUGCACUCUUUUCAUAUUGUGAACGGGUCUCCGGAACGGAUCCUGUUCGCAAUCAGAGGUACCACUGUAUAUAGACAUACAAUUUAGUCUGAAGUUUGUCGCUGUGGUCUAAACCACAGAGCCUAGGACUUGCCAAUCAGAAGGUCGGCGGUUCGAAUCCCCGCGACAGGGUGAGCUCCCGUUGCUCGGUCCCUGCUCCUGCCAACCUAGCAGUUCGAAAGCACGUCAAAGUGCAAGUAGAUAAAUAGGUACCGCUCUGGCAGCAAGGUAAACGGCAUUUUCGUGCGCUGCUCUGGUUCGCCAGAAGCGGCUUAGUGAUGCUGGCCACAUGACCAGAAGCUGUACGCCGGCUCCCUCGGCCAAUAAAGUGAGAUGAGCGCCGCAACCCCAGAGUCGGCCACGACUGGACCUAAUGGUCAGGGGUCCCUUUACCUUUGUCCAUCUUUACACUAGAGGGCACUCUAGCACCACACAGGAAGAGGGAAACCUGUUUUUCCCCUGCCAAAUUAGCUGUUGAGUGCCUUGUGGUUAGCCAGGCACUGAUAAACUUUAUAAAUGAAGAUCCUACAAUCUAGGCACUAGAUUCUUUCUGGGGAACAAUGAGUGAUUAUAAGCAAAGUGCUUUUAUCCUUAAGCAGCUGAAGCUUUAACAGCUUUAAAGUGUUAUAUGAAUAAAUACCUUGUUUUAAUCAGUCAUGAUUUUAUGUCUUAAUUCUGAGUGAACAUACAGAGGAAUUUGCUGUUAGUUGAGUCAUCUACUCAUCAACUGAUCUAAUUCAAAGCUUGGAAAUCCUUUUAAAGAAAGAUGUUUCCAGCACUUCUGAUGGCUGUGUGUUUGUGUUUGUGUAUGAGCACACGUGCCCAGUACAGAUCUUUGUGGCUGUAAUCGAAAUAAUGUUCUGUAGCCAGAUAGGUUGUCCCUCUUUUCCCAGCUCCCAAUGUGAUGAUGUAAUCAUUUUAAUUUGGACCAAAGUAUGAGGGAAAGGAUCAAAUACAGCCUCUUCCCCUUUCAUAGAAUCAUAGAAUUGUAGAGUUGGAAGGGAGAACAAGGGUCAUCUAGUCCAACCCCCUGCAAUGCAGGAAUCUUUUUGGCCAAUCUUAACCCUGAGAUUAAGAGUCUCAUGAGAUUAAGAGUACUCACUGAGCUAUGCCAUGGUCUUUUAUUUUUGCUACAUUUCCAGUUAUGAUUGCCUCCCUAAUGCAAUUUAGGGGUGGGUGGGGAGAGAAAAUAAAUGGAUAUUAAAGCAGCACUAUACUAUUUGUAAAGGUAGAGGUUAAACUGAUAAGAGUUGAUUCCUAGAGAGAGGACGCAGACCAUAGAGAAGGAAAUGGCUAGAGUAAUCUGCAUAAGUCAGGGGUCCCCAAACUAAGGUCUGCGGGCCACAUAAGGCCCAAGGGACUUGUUCAUCUGGCCCGCGGCGACCCCCACCUCCCACUGCUACCGCCUGCUCUUACCAGCACUGCACUGCGUGGCUGCCCACUUCCAGGUCGGAGGAGCACCGGAAAUAGCUGGUGCGCAUGCACCAGCGUUAUUUCCGGUGCACAUCUGGGUCAGAGGAGGCCCGUGCACAUGCGCACAAGCUAUUUCCGGUGCUCCUCCAACCUGGAAGUGCGCCGGAAAUAGCGUGUGUGCAUGCGUAUGGGCAUGCGCUCCUCCGCCUUCCGGUGCACCACGCAAUUGGCGCUGGAGACACCGGCCCGAGGCGUGGUAAGUUUGCUGACCCCUGGCAUAAGUCAUAGCCAGCCCCAAAAUCCACUGAACAGCAGAGCAAUGGGUCAUCUGUACCUGAGGAAAUUGCAGUUCAUCAAGUUAAAAAGUAAAAGUGGGAUUUUCUGAUCUGUGUGAAGACAGAAGUUGUGCAGGGAAAACAUGAGAUGGGGAUAUUGUGCUCAGAGUGUUUUGCCAAGUGAUGUUAAUCCUUCAUGCAUGAAAACUUCUGUUAAUCUUUAAGGUGAAACAAGACACUUAGUUGUCCUUAUUAUAAAUGGAAGGAAAAUCUAUUUUUUCAUGAGGCCACUACCAGCUGGGAUCUGGUCAGUGCAUGGAUGGAUGACUGCCUGGGAUCCAUGGGAUCCAGAAUGGAAGAAAUGUUGGAUAUGAGAGCUUAUUUUGCCUACACUUGCAGCUUAAUCAUUUGUCCCUGUCAUCUCGGUCCAAUGCUUUGGAGUGCAGUUGGGAGAUACUGUGGAGCAAAAGAAGGCCAAGUGUCAGGAGGCUCCUGGCCUGUACGUCCAGGUGGAGAGCAAUUCUCCUUUUAACUCAGAGAACGCAUGUGCCCUUUCCCAUGACAUUGCUGCUCUACCAAAUGCCUCUUCUGCCUCCUUUUGCAUUGCUAUUAUGUGGAGGCCAUGUAAAGUGUCCUUCUCUGCCCACAGGAGAGCCAGGCCAGCUGGUUGGGCGCAUUGUCCAGAGCGAUCCUUUGCAGCGCUUUGAUGGCUACUUGAACAAUGAGGCCAACAAUAAGAAGGUUGCCCGUGAUGUCUUCACCAAAGGCGACUGUGCCUAUCUCACAGGUGAGGCCCUCCUUCUCCUAUAUAUAUCCUGCUGCCUCUGUGCAAAGCUGCCUUCUUCCAGGUAGCAAGACCAUUUGCCUGCCUAAUACCAACCAAUCUGGCUGCACUUACUGGCAGUGACUUCCCAGGGAUUCAGGCAAGGGUCUCUUGUAGCCCUGCCUGGAGGUGCCAGUUGAAUCUGGGACCUUCUGCAUGCAAAGCAGAUGAUCUGCCACCAAGCCACAUUCUUUUCUACAUGGUGCUUAGGGAACAACUUGCACCUUAAUAUCAGCAAGACAAAGGAGAUGGUGUUGGACUUUGGGAGGAAGAGAGGAGAACUGUACAUCGGGGAGGGCUGUGUGGAGAGAGUCUCUUCCUCUAAAUUCCUAGGAGUUUAUCUCAGUGAAGACCUUACUUGGAAAAUCAAUACAACCCAGGUGGUUAAGAAAGCCCAACAGAGACUCCAUCUCCUCAGAGUAUUGCGGAAGAAGGAUGUCAAUCAACAUUUGAUGAUCUUCUUCUACCGGUCCACAAUAGAAAGUGUCCUUUCAUACUGCAUCACGGUGUGGCACGCUGGUUUGACAUCAAGUGCCUACAGAGGGUGGUGAAUACAGCACAAGAUAUUAUGGGCUGUCCUGUGAAUCCACUGGAUGAAACAGCGGAAGAACGUUGUCUCAGGAGAGUGAGGAAAAUUCUCAGGGAUGAUUCACACCCUGGCUGGCACUUUCUUGAUCUCCUCCCCUUGGGCAGAAGAUAUAGAAGCAUGAUUAGUCGCACCAACAGGGUAAAGAACAGCUUCUAUCCGUGGGCUGUUAGGCUACUGAAUGAAAAGAUUACAACAGGGCAACUGACUUUUGGGUUGGUGGGUGUGCGUCAGUAAACGAGGGGAAUUAAGACUUAGAGAGCUGAGUGGGGGAUGCUCGUGUAAUCUCACUGUAUACAAGUUGUACAAGUGACAAUAAAGUAUUUCAAUUUCAAUUUCCCCUAAUAGCAUUGGAAGCUGCCUUAUACUGAAUCAGGAUAUUGGCACUUUGUCUUCACCAAAUUGCCAUUGGAAUCCAUUGACUUACCCAUUCAGCUGGCCACUGGGGACUCCAUUAAGCCUUCCCAACUUGGUGCUUUCCAUACAUUUUAUUUCUUUUAAAAAAAAUUAAAGAAGUGUAGAACAAUUGACAAAUAGGAGGAAAUAACCCAAGGCAGGAUUAUUUUUUUUAAAAAUCUGCAGCUCCCAUCAGCCCCCAUCAACCUGGCCAGAUGGUCAAGAACAGCAGGAAUUGUAGCCCCCAAAAUACUGUAUUUUUCCAUGUACAACUUUGGGCAAUCUCCCCACAAAAACUCAAAGUUGUUCUGUUGUUCCAUUCUCCCUCUGUCCCGGUUUUGUUUGUUUCCACCACCAUGUGCCAUGAAACACACACAGUCCUUGUUGGACUGUUUUUUCGGAUGGAAGGGUCAUCCGUUCAUUGCCCUCCCCAAAUUUUCUUAUUCUGCAGACCUCUGUGUUCCCAAGAGCCUGUUGAUACCUUAUGGAUGGUGUUCUUUAGGUUUUAUAAGCAACAGCACUCACCUCUGAAUAUUGGAAAUAGAAAGAGUGUUUUUAAAAAUUACCUGGAAGUGACUUCCUUGUUCCAACAGUUCCAUUGGCUACCAGUCUGCUUCGGGGAAACAUUCAAAGUGCUGGUUAUGACCUAUAAAGCCUUAAACGGCUUAGGUCCAGGCUGUCUGAAAGACUGUAUUCACUCAUAUGAACCUGCCUGGUUUUUUAGAUCUUCAAGAGAGGCCCUUCUCUCAGUCCUUCCACCCUCACAGGCACGCCUGGUGUGGACGCGGGAGAGGGCCUUCUCAGUGGUGACUGCUCCCAGACUAUGGAACUCCCUCCCUAGAGAAGCCAGACUGGCUCCCUCCUUGCUGUGCUUCUGCCGGCAAGUGAAGACCUUCCUAUUCCAACAGCCCUUUGGGAACUGACGGCUUUUGAGGAAAGGGCUGGUGCCAUGUCGUUUUUAUUGCUAUUGUCUGUGUUUCUAAGGCAUCUUUUUAUAGAAUUUUAUUCCCAUUAGGGUCUAGUUACAUUUUAGCUAUUCUCUUUUCUAUGUUUUUAGCUUGAUCUAUUUUAUCUGUGUAAGCAUGUCUUGAGUCCUGGACUGGGGAAAAGCCAGGAUAUAAACAACUUCUUCUUCAUAUUAUUAUUAUUAUUAUUAUUAUUAUUAUUAUUAUUAUUAUUUGCUAGUCGCACAGGGCAACCCAAAGCGACUUACAACCAAAUAAUAACUGCUGGGUGCUGUAGUGAUAAAGGCGUAGGUAGCGAAGGACCACACUUUCAUCUUACUGUGAGUUCUUUCUCUCUCUCCCAAACCCCACCCCGCAAUGUCUCCCUUUAGGUGAUGUUCUGAUCAUGGACGAGUUGGGCUACAUGUUCUUCCGAGACCGCACAGGAGACACUUUCCGCUGGAAGGGUGAGAACGUCUCCACGACGGAGGUGGAGGGGAUGCUCAGUCGCAUCCUAAACAUGACAGAUGUCGUGGUCUACGGGGUGGAAGUUCCAGGUAAUAGGUGGCAAGCGUUUCUGGGUUCUCCCCCAAUGUUGCCCUUCUCUUUUCCUGCAGGGCAGAAAGUUGAUUACUAUAUAUACUGGUAGUUCAUUGGACUGUUUGAGGCAGCUCACCCAAGAGUUUUUGACUCCAAACUGUUUAAAAUAGCACCAAGUAAAAACUCCACACACUGGUCUUGGGGCUGUGAGGAUCACAGUCCUGUUUGUUUCCAGGCACAGCUAUUCAAUGUGGUGUUUUGUUUAUAAUCUUUACAGCUCCAAACCAGGGACAAGGAACACGCAGCCCUCCCAGGUGCUGUUGGGCUCUCAUUAUCUCUGACCGGCAUGGCUAAUAGUCAAGGGUGAUGGGAUUUGUAGUCUAACAACAUCUGGAGAGCCAGAAGAGUUCCAUCCCUCUGCUAAAUGUUAUGGGCCCAAUAUACUUCAGGGAAUGCCUUCAACCUCAUGAAUUUCAUGGGAAUGUAUUCAGCCUACCCCUGGCAAGUGGUAAAAUAAUUUGUGGAUGAAUCAAACUCCUGCAGUCACUUGUCAACUAGAAGAUUUCAUUCUGUGAUAUUUUGGCAUGAUGGGACAACACGGCUUAGGAAAAGGGGGGAUGGCGGUGCGGUGCUUGCUCAAGUAGAGGUCUGUGGUCCCUACUUUUAAAUUUAUUUGGAAGUGCUGGUGCAAACCUUUAAAGCCCUUCCUAGCCUAUGAGCAGACUACCUCAGGGAUCACCUCUUCUCCAUUUGCUCUGGCUUAUAGAUCGGCUUCUGAGUCUUCUGCUUUACAUCCCAUCUCCAUUUGCGAUACAAUGGGCAGCUAUGAGAGAUGGAGCCUUUUCGCUGGUGGAGCUGUAGUUCAGCCCUUAUGGUCCCUGGCCUAAAAAGGUCCUGAUAGUCACUAUGGACACAUCCACACCAUACAUUUACGGCAGUAUCAUACCACUUUAAAGAGUUGUGGCUUUCCCCAAAGCUGGGGUGAAACUGGACUUUAUUUCACCCAGGUCAAAGACCUAGCUUGGCAUCCCCAAAUGUGCAUUUGUACACACACACACAGGCUUGGAGGCCCAAUGGUGCCCCUCUGGAAGCUUCACCCGGGGCAAAAGCCCUGACUAGUCUUCACCCCAACCCCAUAGCUGCAAAAAAGCAUCCUGGGAACUCCUGAAUGUUGUUAGGCAACCCCUAUCCCCCUCUGUGUGGAAUUUCUAGAGUGCUGUUACCAUUGAUCCCUCUUCCCAGGGUGCUCUGGGAACUGUAGCAAUGUGAAGGGGAGUAAGGGUCUCUUAACAAACCAUAGCUUCUAGGAUUCUUUGGGAGAAGCCAUGACUGUUUAAACUGGUGUGGUAGUGCUUUAAUUAGAUGGUGCAGGUGUAGUUGUUCAGAGUCAUCUUCAAACAGUUGUGGAAAGAACCAUUUUGAAGGAGUUGCUUUUAUUUAGUGCCCAAUAUCGGAAGGUUGGCGGUUCUAAUCCCUGCGACGGGGUGAGCUCCCGUUGUUUGGUCCCAGCUCCUGCCCACCUAGCAGUUCGAAAGUACAUCAAAGUGCAAGUAGAUAAAUAGGUACCACUCCAGCGGGAAGGCAAACAGCGUUUCCAUGCACUGCUCUGGUUCUCCAGAAGCGGCUUAGUCAUGCUGGCUACAUGACCUGGAAGCUGCCUGCGGACAAACGCCGGCUCCCUCCGCCUGUAGAGUGAGAUGAGUGCGCAACCCUUGAGUCGUCCGCGACUGGACCUAACAGUCAGGGGUACCUUUACCUUUAUUGACAAUUAAAAUAGUUCCCCCCCCCCCUUGUUCAGGACAGAAUGGGGUAGCAGGCAGCAAGGUAUGUGUGAGGAGAAUUGAGGCAGGUAAGGAACCAGUUGUGAGCUAUGCCCGCCUUGAUUCUUCUCACAAGAACUCCAGCAAAGUGGGGGGGGCAUUCAUUACUACUCAAAUUCUCACACCACCUUUACAUUCUACUUGAAUUGUUACCUUUAUUGCAUAAGCAUGGAUUUUAGAGUGUGCCUUCAUGUUUUAACUGAUUUAUUACUUAAAAUUAAAGUUAUAAGCAAUGGGGAUGGGAAAGGGAUUUAAUGUUGUGCAAAGUAUGAGAUUUCAGCUUCUUCCUCUGCAAGCAGAAUAAUGCAGCGUGGAAUGUGAUUCCUCAGUAGACUUGUGUUCCUUGCAGCAAUGCAGAAUUUUGUAUGCAUUCAGUUUUCAUGAUGCCAUUGCAUUCAGGAGUCAACUAUAAGGCAGAGCUUUGCAGUUCAGUUAUGACAGAAGUAUAAUUUGCAUACAGUACUUCUGCUGUGGUUACUGAGUUAUUUUUGCCUUUUGUGCACUCAGGACAGAUAAAGGAUUUUGGAUAACUUUUUAUUUAUUUCUUGUUUUAACUUUGUAAAAAAUAAAAUAAAAAAGCAUAUUAGAUAAAAUGGAAGGUGAAACAUGAGCAGAGUUACCAGGAAUUAAAUAUAUGUAUCUGCUUCCAUACGAAAUAGCUUUAAGCAGCACUGGAUUUAGGGUGGUGCAGGCAGUUACCCCACACAGGGUGCUGAGCCGAGGGAGCAAAAAUUUUUGACCUCUCUCAGGGUGCCAUACUACCAAAGAUUACCAAAGUCCACCUCUGGUAUUAAGGUGUGUAUCUGUGUGUGGCUGUGGCCCCACCCUCUUUUGGCUGUGCCACUAGUGGAACUCUAACAGUUUCCCCCAGGAUAACAGCUAACAGCUUUCCAAUGUGAACAGCCAAUGAAGCUGAACACCAAAAUAUUGAGGGUGGAUAAAAGAAAGUACUUCUUUACACAGCACACAAUUAAACUCUGGCACUUGCUCCCCAGGAGGCAGUGAUGCCACCAACUUUGGUGGCUUCAGAAGAGAUGAGGAGAGGGCUAUCCAUGGCAGCUAACCACAAUGGCUCUGAUUUGCCUCCACGGUCAGAGGCAGCAAUGGUUCUGAAUACCAGUUGCUGGAAACCACAGGAGAGGAGAGGGCUGUAGAAACUGAAGGAGCGUCUCCACCCCCAUCGUUCAGCCAGGACACUGAGGUCCAGUGCCAAGGGCCUUCUGGCGGUUCCCUCACUGUGAGAAGCAAAGCUACAUUGAACCAGGCAGAGGGCCUUCUGGGUGGUGGCACCCGCCCUGUGGAAUGCCCUUCCACUAGAUGCCAAAGAGAACAACAACUACCAGACUUUUAGAAGACAUCUGAAGGCAGCCCUCUUUAGGGAAGCUUUUAAUGUUUAAUAGACUAUUGUAUUUUAAUAUUCUGUUGGAAGCCACCUAGAGUGGCUGGGGAAGCCCAGCCAGAUAUGCAGGGUAUAAAUAAAUAAAUAAAUAAAUAAAUAAAUAAAUAAAUAAAUAAAUAACAACUCUAUGAGAAUAGCUCUAGAAACCUCAGAGUGUGUUUUUUGUGUUCUAGGAACUGAAGGGAAGGCUGGGAUGGCAGCAGUUGUGGAUCCAGACCAUUCCUGUGACUUGGAGAGCUUUGCAGAGGAAAUGAAGAAGGCGCUGCCUGCUUAUGCCCGACCUGUUUUCCUGCGUCUGCUUUCGGAAGUGCACAAGACAAGUGAGUCUCCUUGACAGAGAUACGUAAGAUGCUUUAAUCUGAUUGCGAAACAUGGAGUUUUUCUUGGAAUGUUUUUCAGAAGCCACAUCAGUGUAAAAUCAGUCUGUAAACAAAUGGCACCUACAGAAAAGGAGACUCUUGUCUGCUCCACAUGUGAGCUGCUAAUACUUUUCUGGAAUGUAGUUCAGCACAAAUGCAUUUAUUUAAUACAAUUUCUAACAAAUAAGCCACAAUAUGGCUUGCGUCAGCUGAACCUGGGUCAUGGUUUGAAGGAAGAAAAUUGAACCUAGCAGUUCGAAAGCACGUCAGAGUGCAAGUAGAUAAAUAGGUACCGCUCCGGUGGGAAGGUAAACGGCAUUUCCGUGCGCUGCUCUGGUUCACCAGAAGCUGCUUAGUCCUGCUGGUCACAUGACCCGGAAGCCGUAUGCCGGCUCCCUCGGCCAGUAAAGCGAGAUGAGCGCCGCAACCCCAGAGUCGACCACGACUGGACCUAAUGGUCAGGGGUCCCUUUACCUUUACUUUAAGAACAUAAGAACAUUCUGCUGGGUCAGAACAAAGGUCCAUGCAGUCCGGCAUCCUGUUCUCACAGUGGCCACCCAAAUGCCUGUGGGAAACCUGCAAGAAGGAUCCAACCACAAGACCCCUUCCCCACCCCAUGGCUUCCUCCAUGUGCUGCAUAUUAUAUAGUUUCUCCAUGCCUUUGCUUCUGCAAAGAAAACCUCCACUGUCCUUUCCACUGCUGUUCUCAGUCAAAUCCUAUUUGUGUCUUGUUUACACUGUGUUUUAAAAUAAUCUAUAAACAUGUUCCAAUCCUCGUUAAAGUCCGUCUCUUUUUUUAUGUCUAAUUUUACAAGUCAAACUAGCCAAUUCUACAUAUUCUGUCCAUUUCAACUGCCAUUCUUCUUUAGUAAGAUACUGCUUCUUCAUGGCAUUUUUGUGUAUAUAAUAUUUACGCGGCCGUUGUUGCAUAAAGAAAUAGAUUUACCUGGUUUUUUUUGGGGGGGGGGGGACACCUGUUCCCAUUAUCCCUAAUAAAAAGGCUUCUGGUCUUAUGGGGAGAGUUGCCUUAAAUAUCUUUUUUAUCUCAUUAUCGAUCAUCUCCCAAAAGUCUUUAGCCACUUUACCCAUUCACCACGUGUGAUAAAAUGAACAUUCUGCUUCUUAACAUUUCCAACAGAUGUUUGGUGCAAAUUUAUACAUCUUUGCCAACUUACUUGGUAUCAGAUACCACCUGUGUAUCAUUUUCAUAAACAAAGUAUAACACCUUGUGGAUUUCAGCCCAGAUUUCCAUAACUUUCCCUAUGGUUCUGAUUCUGUAUUAGGCCCCAUAUCCUCAGCCCAAUGGAUCAUGACAGAUUUAAUCAUUUCAUCUUUGGCUUCCCAUUCUAACAAUAUGUUAUCCAUCCUCAAAAUCAGUUUUUCUCUAUUGCAUCACAGAACAACUAAUAAAGCGAAAGGAUGUGUGGACACUACCACUAAUAAUACACUAGUAUUCCACACCCCCCCCCCCCCCGCAAAAGCACCAAUCUGGAGGGGCACAGGAUGUCCUUCAAAACUUCACACCUGCUCUCCACACACCUACACCCAUCACCUGCUGCUAGAGAUUGCUGUCUCGGUAGGGCUGGUCCUAAUGUCAGAUAAUAAUAAUAAUAAUAAUAAUAAUAAUAAUAAUAAUAAUUUUUAUUUAUACCCUCCCCCUCUCCAUCCAGAGCCAGGCUUAAGGUGGCUAACACCAGUAAAAUUACAAUAAAAACAUAAUAGGAAAAAAAAAACACAAUUUAAAAUACAGGUUAAAAUGCAAUUUAAAAUGCGGCCUCAUUUUAAAAGUAGCCCAUAGGCUCAAAACCAAAAGGGGAGGGAAACGUAAGGGUCAGACUGAGUCCAAACCAAAGGCCAGGUGGAACAGCUCUGUCUUGCAGGCCCUGCGGAAAGAUGUCAAGUCCCGCAGAGCCGUGGUCUCUUGUGACAGAGCAUUCCACCAAGUCGGGGCCAGUAUUGAAAAGGCCCUGGCCCUAGUUGAGACCGAUCUAACCACCUUGAGGCUUGGAACCUCCAAAAUGCUCUGUAACUGGUGAACAUAUAGCAUGGCAGCAAGUAUACUGCUCCUGGCUCAGUGGCAGAGCAUUUGCAUCCCAGCCAGAAGCCCCAGAAAGCCACUGCGAAUCAGUGUGGACAAUGCUGAGCUGGUUCAGUAAAUGGCAGUUUCCUUCCUGCGCCCCUAGGCAUACAUUUCAUUACCGUACUUUUCGCUUUCCCUUUACAAUGAAGAACCGAGGAGAAAACACAAGGAUCCCUUAACCGCUUUUUCUUCUUCUUCUUCCUGCCUCCCUUCAUCUUCUCUGCUCUCAGGUACCUUCAAGUUCCAGAAAAUGGACCUGCGUAAGGAGGGAUAUGAUCCCAAUGUGGUGAAGGACAAGCUUUAUUUCCUUGAGCCCCGGCAGUGCCGCUACCUCCCGUUGAACGAGGACAUCUUCAAGAGAAUCCAGUCAGGACAAAUGAAGCUGUGAAACAGCCCCUGAUCUUCUCCGUGACUUCUGCCCCUCUGUCUAGGGUAGGGUGGUGGGACUGGAGUUUGCAUAGGAAAGGAAAAGCCAGUGAUGGUUAGAGAUUUAACAAAAUGGCGGCGGGGGAGGGGGGAGGGAGGCGCAGCGAGUUGUUUUUUGGUUUAGUUUUUGAUUUGACCUGUUUUUGUAGAAGAUGAUGGCCAGUGGCAGCCUCCCCCAACCUGGUGCCCUCCAGGAGUUCUGGACUAUAACUCCCAUCGUGAGGGAAGCUUGCCAUAUGGUUUGCAGGGGGACAGCUGGGGGCGGGGGGCAGGUUGAUGCAUACCAAAGCAUAGAAGCACUAUGGCUUUAUUUUCUACUUGGUUGGAACAGUGGCCAUGCUGUUUCCUGUUCCUCUGGGUUGAGCAUGCUAGGUCAGUGUGUCAGUUUCAAAGGCUCUGCCCUCCGGUUCCCUAGGCCCCAUCCACCGCUCUACAUUUAAAACAAUACCACACCAUUUUGAACAGCCAUGGCUCCCACCCCCCACAAAUAAUUCUAGGAACUAAAGUUUGUUUAAGGUGCUGAGGUGUUUAGCUCUGUGAGGGGGUGGGCCUCCUAACAACCUUCGGGACCCUUAGCAAACUACAGCUCCCAGGAUUCUUGGGAGGGGAAGCAAUGACAGUUAAAAGUGGAACGGUACUGUUUUAAAUCUAUAGUGCGGGCGAGGCCCUGAUCUCCCUUUGCCCAUAGGCAAAGGGAGAUGUGUUUCCCCAUAGGACCCACAAGGGUUGCACUGCUUCAUUACGCCUCUGGGUGGUGCCAUUGUGCUUCGUUUCUCUGGGGUCCACCUUUGAUCCUUCUCCCUUGCCAUGGUUGUGAUUAUAACUUUUUAUGGGGAGAGAUUGUCUCUCUCUUGCGACUGCACUGUCCCAAGUUUGCGGAGUGGGCAGGAAGGGCACAGCGACUCAACUUAUUCCAGGGAUAUGGGUGGUGUGUUUGGUUUGGUUUUAUUUUCACAAAUGGAUGUUUAUUUGUAUGUGUGGGUAUCAUAUUAUUAUUUUUUUGCAAUUUAUUGCAAGUUCCAUUUUGUUUUUAAAGAAGCAGGAAAGGGUUAACGGCAAGCAAUUCUGCCCACAGUGCAAACUGGUUGGCUUUUCAUUCUCUCCCCCCCCUUUUUUUUCUGUAUAGUAGUUUGGCCAACAGCAUCUCAUUCUGUGUCUCAUGUAUGAACACAGACGUCUUCAUUCCACUUCUCCUAUAGGGGUGGGGGAGCUUUAAAAGGGUCAGAGGCAAAAAUUCUCCUUUGGUCAGUUUCUUCAUCUGUUUGCUCAGCAGUUGUGUCUCAGUGUGAAUCCCACCUGUUUCUUAAGUUUUGCUAGGUGGCCUUUCCACCUCCUGCAUUUUCAGAAAGGUGUGUGUGUGUGUGCGCACGCGCUUGCGCUUCAAAUUGCUCUUAAGUGAUUUUCACGAACAAAGAUACAGGGGCAUGUUGGUUGCUUGGCUUCCUCAAACCCACCACUGACAAUGGCAUAGUGUACUGUCAGGAUGGCACUAGGGUGCAUGUGCAAAUAAGACCCCAUGAAUGCAUCCCUGUUCCAGAGGAGCAGGUGCAUGGCACUUGUGGGUUGUUCAUUUUAUAUGCAUGGGGACAAGGGGGCCUUGUGCCAGCUGCCCAAGGCAGUCCAGAAGGCUCAGGUCCACCACAGGUUCCAUUUAAUUCCUUGCGUCACAGGGUGGAGCCUUGCCUGAGAUGAAGGCUGUUUGGGUGUGAGCCAGGUGGUCCCAUUCAUGCUAUGAUUCUGUCUCUCUACUUAGCCAUAGAACUGAAUGGCAGGACCCUUGCUGGGGAAAAGGAAGCCUGGCCUCAUCUCACUAGCACCUAUCGGAAGUGUCCGUCCAAACGAUUGAUGAGUGCUUCAAUUCUUCUGCUAUGUGCAAUGUUUGCACACGUGCUGUGAGUUACUGCACACCUGUUUGGGAGUGGCCACAGCCCAGCUGUAGAGCAUGUGCUUUUGCAUAUAGAGACAAAGGUUGCUGCUUCAGUCUGUGGCAGGGCUGGGGAGAAUCUCUGCCUGAGACCGUGGAGGAGUUUGCUGGCCACACUGGACUUGGAUGGAGCAAUGCUUUGACUUCACACAAGACAGCUCCUUGUCUCUUAGUACUUUGCACAAGGGUGUGCCUUGGUGCCAUCCAGCAGAGCUGUCAACUUUCAGAUUUGAAAAUAAGGGAUCAGCAGCCUCACCUGUCCCAGGGACAGUCUACGGGAUAUCUAACAAUCCGGAAUAGCAGCGGGAAACGGCGCUGGAAUAAGGGAAUUUCCCACAAAAAAAGGGAAGGUCGACAGCCAGGGCCAUCUAGGCAGGACUCUGGGGAAGGGGACCCCCUCAGCAGGGCUGGCUUACCAUAUUUUGAAGUAAGUUCCUCCAGUCUAAAAUGACCUAAAUGUAGAAGGAUGGGAGAAUAAUCUCAGAGUUUGUAGCAACCCGGGAGUUCUUGGAUCUAGUGCUAUCCUGCAAGGCAUAAGGCGUCUGCUCAGCUUCCUUUCAGCAACCUCCAAGGCAGGGGGUGGGGAGCCUGUGGCCUGUCAGGUGUCUUCCAGCUACAGCUCCCUUCAUCCCUCGGCUAUGUUGAUGGGAGCUGCGUUGCCACAGGACCCCUGGCCCCACUCAGAGGAAGUCAGCGGCCCUUUGCUCUCUUGCUGCAGGCUGCUUUUGGGACUUCAGCUAGCCAUUUGCCAGUUUUAAUGCCAAAGUCCUUGCCCAGAAUUUUUUUAGGUAGAAAAAACCACCCCUGUUGUUUGUGAGUAGGGUAAUUGUCUUGGGAGUCGUAAAUCAGAAAGGGGAGGGCUGUAACCAAAGGCAUUCAGAAGGCAUGCAACCCUGGCCAUUGCCAGGUAGAGCUGGGAGAGACUCCUGUCCAAAAACCCAGAGGGCCACUGCCAGUCAGUGUCACCAGUACUGAACUAGAUGGACCAAUUGUCCGAAUCUGCAUAAGGCAGCUUCUUGUGUUCCCACUGCCAUCAGCCCAGGGUGGUAUCCAAGUGGGUUCUACUCAGAGUAGUCCGAUGGAAAUUAAUGAACCUGAGUUAGUCAUGUCCAUGAAUUUCAGCAGGACUGCUUUCACAAGGGCAGAAAUCCAGUUUCUCUUGAGAUACCAGCGUCACUUCCAGCCAGGUGACCUGUUCAUCCAGCACUCAUUCUGAUCUGUUUACAGAAAAUCUGCACAAAAAUGAGAGUGACUUUUUCCGAUAGGCUUGGGCUGCACUUCUUUUCAGUGCAUUUCCCCCUCAAUUUCCAUAUUGCAAAAGUUAGGGCAGGGGGUUAGGAGCGGACAGCAGAUUUGUUGCACAAGGGCAUGAAUGAAAUUUUAAUUUGCUGCCUGAAUUUGCCCACAUGUGUUUGGCUCCCCCCUUAAGAAUAGCAACAGCCUGGGAAGCACUGGUGGUUAUUGAGGCAGACUAAACCUUGUCUGCUGGUCCUACAAAAUAGGAACAAUCAAGCAUACAGGGGCAGUGCUUGAAUUACUGGACUAGCGAGCACCUAUGUCAGAAGAACUUUAGGUGAUUCAAAAGCAGUGUAACUGCACCAGCUGAAGAUAUUUGGGAGCUCCAGUAAUGAUGUUGCCCUUCUUUGCUUUGUGCUCAUGAGAAGUAGACUUUGCUGCGGUUGCUUUGAGGGCUCUUUUGUGCCUCUAGAUUCCUCUCUCUCUCUCUCUCUCUCUCUCUCUCUCUGUGUGUGUGUGUGUGUGUAAACUCAAAUGUAUUGAUAUGGAUUGGGAAGCAAAUCACAGACCUACCUUCUGGAUCUCCCCUGGUGUCAGGGCUUGACCUGCGAUUUCAGGGUUUUAGUCUCCUUUAUAGGGUCUUCACAUGGGUGAAAGGAAAAAAAUCAAGAUGAGAAGGGCAGAAGAGCAAAGAGUAAGGUUACCACAACUUCCGUCAUAGAGCUUCGGUAUGCUGAUGACAACGUAGUGUGCGCAUGUUCAGAGGAUGACCUCCAAACCAUCCUAAAUGUCUUCGCAGAAGCUUACGAAAAGCUUGGCCUAUCACCCAACAUUAAAAAAACCAAAGUGCUGCACCAACAAGUACAAAACAACCCCUUUGCAGCGCCACAAAUCCAACUCAAUGGUGUAAUGCUGGAAAAUGUCAAUCACUUCUCCUACCUGGGCAGUUACCUUCCCACAAGGGCUAACAUUGAUGCCGAAAUCCAGCAUCGCCUGAGCUCUGCGAGUGUGGCUUUCUCCCGAUUGAUGUGCAGAGUGUUUGAGGACCGUGACAGUUGCAGGGAAACCAAAAUGCUUGUUUACAAAGAUAUUGUACUAGCAACCUUACUGUAUGCUUGUGAAACAUAGACCACAUAAACUCCAUCUCCAACUCCUUGAAAGAUUCCAUCAACAGUGACUCCGAAAAUUUUUACAUGUCACUUGGGAAGACAGGCGAACUAAUACCAGUGUACUGGAAGAAGCAAAGAUCACCAGUGUUGAAGCAAUGAUUCUUCAACAUCAACUUUGUUGGGCUGGUCAUGUUGUGCGGAUAUCUUCCAAAGCAACUACUCUAUUCCGAACAUAAAAAUGGAAAGCGUAAUGCUGGUGGUGAACAAAAGAGGUUUAAAGACUUUCUCAAGGCAAAUCUAAAAAAAUGUAGUAUAAACACUAAAAAUUGGAAAACACUUGCCUGCGAGUGCUCCAGUUGGACAACAGUCUUUACCAAAGUUGUCAUGGGCUUUGAAGACCCUCGAACUCAGAACGCAAGGGAGAAAUGUGCAAAGAGGAAGGCACGCCUGGCAAAUCCACACCAUGAUCACCUCUUGCCUGGGAACCAAUGUCCCCACUGUGGAAGGACGUGUAGAUCCAGAAUUGGCCUCCACAGUCACUUACGGACUCAUUGUUAAGACCGUGUUUAUGGAAGACAGUCUUACUCAGCUAUGAGUGACUGCCAGAGAUGAAGAAGAAGAGGCAACUACUUCCCGUGCGUCUGAGAGCUUUUGCUCUUCACUCUGCUCCUCCCACCCCACCAGUUAGGCACUUGCUCUGCCCUUGCUCCCCAAGCUGCACCCCUUCAUAGUUUAAGACUCAGGACACCUGAUGGUUCUGCUCCAUCCCCACUACUGACCACAGACACCUGAGUGCAGUUAGGUGGUGGUCCAAAAUAAAGAGCACCUAUAUACUGAGUCCUGUGGCUCUAGGAGGUUUUUUUUUGGGGGGGGGGUUGCACAGUAUGGGCAAGAUUCCCACAAUGGGCAUUUCACCUUCCCAGGGACCUACUGCUUACUCACUUUCCCACUCUGGGCCCAAUACAUGUAACUGCCGCAAAGAGGGCAAGCUAAGAGGCAGUUGUAUUCAUUCCACUUUGAGAAGCAGCUCCCACCACUUUGAGAUGGGAUGGUUGGGGGCUUCUUUUAAAACCGCUGUGCAUGAUUCAUUGGGCAAACUUCAUGCACAUGUUGCUUUCCCCCUCCCCUCCCCUCCUGCCCAAUGUGCUGUGUUUUUAAUGUGCUCAGUCGGGUGGACUAUUGAAGGCAGCAAAGAACAAGCUUUUCCUAGCCAACCUUGUGUCUUACCUGUAGCCCAAAUACCAGAUGAUGCAGCCUGAGAGGUAUGCUUGCAUUCCUCUUUACUGCAGCCUCCCCCGACCUGGUGUCCUCUGUACAUUUUGGAAUCCAGUUCCUAUCAGCCCCGGCCAGCAUGACCCAAUGGCCAACGGUGAUGGAAGUGGUAGAGUGUUGGGUGGGGGAAAGGCUGUUGUAGCGUAUAUGACUCUGGUGCAGGGAGGAAGACCCAAGAGUUCUGUGCUGGUGACAUUGAAAUCCAGGCUGUGUUCCCGAAGACAGAGUUAGUUCCGGGCAUGUCUUACACGAGUGGGUCAUACACAUUUUUAAAGUAGGCAUGGAGAACAUUUGCGGUUCUCCAGGUGUUGGUCUUCCCAACUCCCACCUGCUGCAACCAGCAUGGCCAAUACUUAGGGGUGAUAGGAGUUGUGUCUGGCAGGCUCCUGAUGCUUACCAUCUCUGUUUCUUAGAACAGGACUACUUAAGGAUAUUCUCCCCAUGCCUCUAGAGUACUGGUUAACUGAAGCUUCCUUUGCAAUCAUAUGGUGCAAGUAGCCAAAAUGCACCAUGGUGGAACGAAGCAUCCACAAGAGUGCUGUGAAGGUUCUUCUUCUCUCUAUUUUAAAGAAGGCACAACAGCAAGUUUAGUAUCCGGCUUGGCCGGCCCUACCAUUGGACACCCAAAACCUGAUGCCUGAGGUGGCUGCUUCUGGAACUGCCCAAAGAACACAGUUGAUUAGGCAGUACCAAAAUGUCUAAAUAACUAAAUACAUUGCCUCAUAGUAGAGCCGAUUCUGGAACAAAUGGUGCAAGAGUUAAUGGCAGCUCCCAUCAGCCCCAGCCAGAGUGAGUAAUGGCCAAUGAUGAUGAGAGUUGGAGUCCAGCAACAUCUGGAGGGCUGCAGGACCCCCAGUCCAGAGUCAGGCUGCUAUGCCUUCUUGCUGCUUCCUUGAUUAAGCUGCUCCCUUCAGGUUGAUCCACAAACAAGCAGUAUUUCGUGUGUGAGCACAAUUGUGCACAUGACCAUGUGGAGAACUUGUGGAUGGACUGACUGUUUACAGAGGGGCAGCUGUUUAGAGCACACACUUUUCAGGCAGAAUAUUGGAUCCUAGAUGCUUCCAGUUGAAAGGAUCUGGAAGCAUUUCUGCCUUGCACCCUGGAGAGCUGCUGCUAAUGACAUAGAUCCUCCAGGAAUAAGAGAACACAUAGCCUUGACCAUGAAUGAAGCAGCAUCCUAUGUUCUCUGAAUGCUGCUUGUGUGUAUCUGUGUAAACAGUAGAGGUGUGCAACUGUGCUCUGCUGGGACCAAAUAAAAAGGUGAGCCGGUGGUUUUACCCAAUCCUGAGUCAAACUGCAAUACCAACAAAGUACCCUGAGUCAGGUCAGCGCCUGCCAAAGCUUUGGCAUAUUCUGCUGCUGUUUUUCUGGACUCUAUACCUUUCCGUACGUUGUAUCUCUAUGUUUUCCUAUGUCUCUAUGUUUGUGUACUCUAGGUCCAUGCCCUUGGGAGCGUGAGGAAGGCUCUGCUUCCUUUGCCAGGGUGGGGUGGAAACCCCGAAGAAUCUGGCGGCUGGGGGCACCUGGUUGUGCCCCUUCAGAAUUUUUUUUGGGGGGCACGCUACGCCAUUGGCACUGAAGAGCUGUGGACUUUCUUUUUAUGAGUUGAAAACUUCAUUAACUCUUUUUUAGAAGCAAGCUAGACCAUGGAUUGCCUGCCAUAUCUUUGGAAGCCCAAACCACGGUUUGCGUUCCAAACCAUUAUUUAGAAAGAUAUCUGAAUUAAGCCGGUGUCUUCAAGACAAGGAGGUAAAAUCAUCUGAUGUUGCAGCUGCUCCUGUUUCAGUGGUAGGAAAAUGGAGACGCUUUAAUUAAAUUUCCCCCUCCUGUUUACAACUCUAAAUUGCCUUCCACGUGAGAAGCUUUCCACAUCAAUGGGAAACUCCCUUCAAUUCAGCACUGACUAAGCUCUGCAAAAGAUAGUCCUGGGAAGGAGAUACACAGGGAAGAGGGAGAUAUGUGCUCCAUAUUGAAGAUGGUAAAAAAGAAAUAAAGGAGAAGCCCUGCUCCUCACUUAGCUUGGUGGGUGUUUGGCUAGAAUAGCUGUUCAUGGCUGCCUCGCCUUGAAGCUUAGGAAGUUCAGCUUCCAUUUUCUCACUGCUAUCAAUCACAGUUUACUAAGCUUCCUUGAAAAUGUGCCCCCUUUCCUAAGGUGUCUCCAUGUGUAAUUCCAGCAGCUGACAUCCUUUGGGGAUUUGUCUGGGGCACACUGCUAACGUCUGCUGUGCGGACUCCCUUUGUUUUCCUUGUUUAGUUUUCUGACCUGGUACUCUGAGCAUUACCAGGUGGUAAGUUCUCAGCUACCCACUUUUGAUUUACCCUGGGGCCCCCAGGUUAGUGUCAUUCUGGGGCAGCUUUCACCAGUGUUGUACCUUCUGGGUGUUUGGGACUGCAACUCCUACCUGCAACAUCUGGAGGACAACAGAUGCACAAAGGCUGUUCCUGGGGUAUUGUGGGAAACUGAAAGAAUAGCUAGACUUAACUGUCCUGUGCUUCUCAGAACGCUGCCAAUGUAGCCAGGUCAAUCUGCCAGGGCCCCCUGGCCAUGGAGGGUGGCCUACAAGAGGACCAUUUUCCCAGGCCUUCCUCAAAACUUUCUGACAGACAUGUUCAGCAGUGGAGCACACUCCUUUGGGAGGUGGUUGACUUUUCUUCCUUGGAGGGUUUUAAGCAGAGGCUGGGUGGCCAUUUGUCAGGGAUGCUUGAGUUGAGAUUUCUGCUUUGCAGCGGGUUGGACUAGAUGACCGUUGGGGUCCCUUCCAACUCUAUGAUUCUGUUAUCCUAAACCUGAAUCUGAACUUGGGUAUCUCAUUUGUGGUUGCAGGAACAGGUCCUCCUAAUGCCAGUUUGCAUAUUUUAAAAUAAAUCCAUUGUUUUCUUUGUGGGGUUGUGUAUUUGCUUUUAUUGUUUUUUUGGGUUGUUAUUUUUUUAAAUCAAUGCUGUUUCAACAUUUACUCAGGGAACAUGGUGCAGCAAGAGGUGUCAAUGUCUCUGUGUGUCUGUUUUGGGAGGCCGUGGAGAAGAAAGGGGGUACUUUACCUACCAUGUGUGUGUGUGUUUUUCCCUGAAUUGUAAAGUAGGGAAAAUUGUGUUUUACCUCUGAUGCUUGCUCAUGAUCAUCACACAACAUCUUCUGCUAUCUCGAGGCACCAUGGCUUCUGAUUCCUGCAGUGGAACUAGGGAAGAAAAUGGAAUCUUCAUGUCUAAUAAAAGAGGAUUUCAAAUUUA